AUGACGCGUUUCGCCUGGGGCGGCUUCUUCUUAUUACGGUGUGGUCCUGCCGUUCUGCUCAAUAUAAGUCAGCUUUGGUGGGCGGAGUAUUCUCAGGGUCAUUGAUAAAUUGGUCCUUCCAAAAAACAUAAGUCCAAUGUCUAUAUGCCUUAUGUAAAUGUAUCAAUUCAGCUAUUAUUUGAUAUCUCCCAGACACUGCUUCUGACGGAAAAUCACAAAGCAGUGCAGUGGGGUAUAUAUUAAAAACAAAUAAAAGACAUAUAAAAAGCCUACUAAAAGGAAAACAAAAACAUUCUAUUAGGAUGAAAGAAAGAUAUAAAUAUAGUUAUGAAACCUAGAUAAACUAAUAAAAAAUAAGAGUAUUUAUAAAAAAAAAAAAAAUAUUAAUCAAACUCUAUAUUGAGUCCUUUGGGUUCUAAAGUUCCUAAUCUGUGCACCCAUUUCAUCUCCUCUUUUCCAAUAUUUUGUAUAUAAUUACCCCUGCACCAAGAUUUUUUGACUAUUUGUAUCCCUAAAAAAGUUAAAACACUAGGCUCUUUAUUGUGGUGUUUUUUUAAAGUGUGCAGAAACACUAUGCAGAUCAAAACCUUUUCGAAUAUUAUUUAAGCGCUCAUAAAUUCUUUUACGUAGGAGGCAGGUGGCCAUGCCCACAUAUUGGAAUCCACAGGGGCAGAUUAAAAGAAAAAUUACAUUCUUAUUAAAGCACGUUAUGAAAUCAUUCAUUACAAAUUCUUCAUCUUUAUAUUUAGUUUUACAUUUGUUAAUGCCCUUUAGGGUUCUGUUUUUACUGCAUUCACAGCCUGCGCAUUUUCUGCAUGAAUAAAAACCUUUUUUGUUAGUGUUUUUUAAAAAGUAUUAGGGAUAUCAGUUUUUGGGUGAUUGAAGGUUAACAUUUGUUUCAGGCUAGGGGCCCCUCUAUAGGUAAUAAAUGGUUUAUCUGGGAUGAUAGUAGAUAGUUCCCUAUCUUUUUUUAGUAAGUGCCAGUGUUUAUUAAUAAUAGAUCUUACUUUUUUAGAGUCUUUAAUAAUAACUGUUUCUCUGAUCGUUAUUUGGUUUAAAAAUUAGAUCAUUUUUCAGUUUGUCGACUACUUUAUAGGCUUUAUUCAAUAUACUGUUAGGGUAUUGUUUCUGUGAAAAAGUCUCCAUCACUACUUUAACCUGUUCUUCAAAUAUAUCCUUAUCAGUGCAAUUCCUCCUGAUUCUCUGUAGUUGUCCUUUAGGGAUGUUGUUUAACCUAGGGGUGUAGUGCCCGCUAUUGUACAGAACAUAGCUAUUGGCAUCGACCUUUUAAAAAAAAAAAAAAAAAUUGUUUUGAGAAUACCCUCAUCGACAUAAUUCUCUAGAUCCAGAAAAUUAAUGUUGGAAUUGCUAAAUUGGCUACUUAAUUGGAUGCCCCAAUCGUUUCUGUUUUUAUCUUCUAAAAAAGUCUCUAAAUCUUUCUGUGAACCCUUCCAUAUAAAAAAUAGGUCAUCAUGGUAUGUGACCAGGUUCGUCCUCCAUGCUGGGCUAUUAUAAAUAAUCGUGUUUUCCCAUCGUUGCAUAAACAAGUUAGCAUAGCUGGAGGCGAACCUGGUCCCCAUAGCCGUGCCUUGUUGCUGUAAAUAAAACCUAGAAUUAAAAAUAAAGUAAAUUUUCUCUAAAAUCCACUUAAUACCAUCUAUUAAAAACUUGAUAUGAUUGUCAGAAAAUUUCCUGAUUUUUAUAACAUUUCUUGUAUAGUAUUAAAGCCUUAUUCCUGGGCGACAGGGGUAUAACGUGCUGAUACAUCUGAGGUGACUAAAAAGUAACUUUCUACCCAACUGAUAUUUUUUUUAAAUUGUAAUCACAUCUGUUGUUUCUUUUAGGUGCAAUGGCAUUUGUUUUACUAAAUUUUGCAACCAAGUGUCUACAUAUUUAGAGAGGUUGGCAGAAAUAGAUCUGAUCGGUCUACCAGGAGGUUUUUCUAAAUUUUUAUGGGCCUUUGGUAAAGUAUAAAAGGCCGGCACUCAAUCUAUUUCUCGGAGAAUACUGAGAAACUCCAUUUAUUAAGGAUUACUCUAAGCCUUUUUUAUUUCAUUUUUUUCCACUUGUGCACUUAUUUUGCACUUUAUUACUUGUAACUUCUGCACUUUAAAGUGCACUGUUAUUUGCACCUUAUAUAUUUUCUCUAUUAUUGACAUUAUCAUUGUUUGCAAUUUAAAGUGCACUACCUAAUUGCACUUUAUCAUACCUUGCAUAGUAUUUAAAGGCACAGUGCACCUUUUUUCUUUGUUCAUACCUUAUCCCCUUGUUGAUAUACAGGAGCAGCACAUCUACGUUGUCAGCAUGUUUCUUGUACAAAUCAGAAUUAUGAGACAGGAUGCGUUGCGCUCGUUCUCAGAUUUUCUUCAAGGUUUCAACAUGUUCAUCUACCAUUUGCAUGACCUGUGAAGGAAAUAUAGAUGGUAGAACAAGUGGAUUAAAAUUAAGAAUUUGAUUAAUGAAAAAAAAAGGACUGUAGCAGGUGCCAUCACAAACCACGUUAUUAUAAGCAAAUUGAGCCCAGUGAACCAGGUCAACCCAAUACCUUAAGUAUUGUUCCAACUUUAGAUAGGGGAUGAUAAGUUUGAUACCCAUCAGUGAACAUAAAGCCCUCCGGAAACAUGAAACAUUGUCCUAACUUACCGUGACUCCGUUCCCCCGAGGUUACUUCCGCGUUCGAAAGUAAGCUCCUCCCAUCCAUAUGACACUCCACUCACCUGCCUUAUAGGUAAGCCGCGUCAAACUCAAAAUUGCUGGGUGAUUCUGUCCUAACCUCGGACUCCACUCUGAGCUACCUCUUGCUAGUUUGAAUGCUGCAACUUCAGACUCCACGCUGAAGUACCUCUAACUUAUUUUGGAAUACUAAACCACACUGUCAUCAUCGACUACCAGACCAGGACGGACUCCUGAAUUAAUUAACUCUCAAACAAACUGGAUUGUUACUACUAAAAUACCUGGAUAUAUAUUAAUCCCUUCAAAAUCUACUAAUAACUUCAUCCUCAGGAGUUUCAUGGAAAACUAUAAGUAUCACUAAAUAUUAUCUUUCAAUUUACUUAUUGCUGCAAUUCUGCAUAUACGUCUCAUCAAAUUCUAUGUGCCACUUAUCAAUUCUAAUUAUUGCUGCAACUAUGCAUAUAAGUCUAAUCAAAUUAUAUGUGCCACUUAUCAACUACUAAUCAAGUUAUUAAGAACUUCUGCUACUACUUAAAGAAUUGUUACAUUUCUACAAUCUAUUAAAAACUAAUUUCUAUGCUGCAUUCUAACUCCUACUUCACAUAAUUAAGGACAUUGUUACUUUUUAUUUUACAUUCUACAUUUGUUGCAACCAGAACAUUAAGGCAAAGUCUUUUUCUUGCUACAUGCCAAACUGCAAUUAAGUAAUUAUAUUUGUCUUCAACUUAAAUUCACUAAAGAUAAAUAAAAUAUCUCAAGGAAUCCCCAGUAAAUUAUUUUUGCUUUUCUUAAAGGUAUAGUACUACCUAUUAAUUCUGCAGUUGUGUUCCUCCAUCUUGUCUAACAAACAUAUUGCACUGCUCUGUCUGAUAUGAUUUCCAUAGGUAUGCUAUGUAAUCUAAAGACUUCUUUGGCAAAUAUAUCAGUCAAUUCUGGUGAAAAAGGCAACAUUUUCAAAGGGAUAAAAGAAGCCAUUAAUAAAAAAAAAACAAAAUAGUCUACAAUCUGUGGCAUAACAGUUUUCAUAUCGGAAAUUAGUAAAUCCACAAUAAAAUCUAUAGCUAUACUAACCCACAGCUUUUUUGGUAUGUCCAAGGGUUGUAACAGACCACAAGGAAGAGUGUGGAGUAAUUUAGUUUUAGAACACACGUCACAUGCCAACACAUAUUAAUUUGUAUAUUUCCGUAAGGAAGGCCACCAAUAUUCUGUUGCAAUCAGGAAGUAUGUUUGAUUGAUCCCUGAUGACUGAUUGAUCCCUGAUCCCUGAUUGAUCCCUAGAUGACCGGCAAUUUUACUGGCUGCAGUUCUUUCCUUCCUGGCGGGCAUUAUCCCCUCUGCCUUUGCCUCUUUCGGUACUGCCUUUACAAAGGCCCUUGCGGCUCUCACGCCUAGCUCUUUUUAACUUGUCCAGAGAGAAAGCAGCCUGCCAUUUAAUUCUUUUUAAAUCCCUGAAUGAUCAAGCUCAGUCGCGGUGAUUCUAAGGCUCCACACUGUGUGACGGAGACUCACAGGGUCUGAAAAUGCUCACAGGGUCUCUCUGCAUGCCCACUUGCCGACUGUGAUCAUUGACAGGCUUUGCCAAAGGCUAAGCACCGAUCACAGUGUGCUCUGCAAAGACAGCAUGCUGGAGCUUCAGCAUUACAGGGAGAUCUGCCAUGCUGCAAACAGCCAGUAGAUGGCAGUCACAGACCACUCUCAACUUACUACAUUUAGCUUGGAAAUCCCUCUGCUAAUAGAACUGAUAUCAGCAGAGGGAGUUUCUUAGGAUUUGUGUUAGGGUAAGGUUGAUGCUGUGUAAGGGUUAAGGUUAGUGUAAGCAUACAUUUAGGAUUUAGUUAUUUCUCUUUAGUUGCACUAGAGGUGUAAAAAUAACUAUAAGCAGACAUGUGGGUUGUUGUUUUGUUUUUUCCCCCCCCUUAAUUUCUCAACAUUAAAUUCUUGUUUAAUAUUGUCUGAGAAUGUUAAAAGAAAGCUCUGUAUACGUUUUAAAACCCCAAACCGAUAUAUAAUAUGUAUGGGUGUGUUUAAAUGACGGUGAAACAAACACAAGCGUUAAUACUAGGCUUUCGAUUCGGUUCAUAACUCCGUAUUGACCUUAAAGCGUGAACCCCAAUGCAUUCCUUACAGUGUCCCACCGAGCGAUGCUUCCUGCAGAGCCAGCCCGGUGGGCGCUGAGUGGGAAUGGGGCUCCUGCCAACCAGCGUGUGAUCUGCCAGCCAAGGCGACGCGGCCCGCGCGCACAGCGAUGACGUAACCCCACUGACGUCAAUCGCAAGAACCACAACAGCUCAUCAGCUGCGCAGCACAGCCUCCCCUGGCUCGGACUCCGGGCUCCGCUCAGCAUGCCCCCGCUGCCCGCUCCCUGAGCCGCCCCCAGCCCGCACCUCCCGGCAGGAACAAGGCGCUCUGGAUGUCCACACCGGAACCGUGAAGCAGCAUCUGGGAAGCUGUGCCGGGGGGGCGGGGGCCCUGAGCCUGGCUGGAGGAGCCCCCGGUAAUGAUCACCUGUAAUAGCGCUCACAGCAGCCCGCCGCCUGUCACCGCCCAGUCAGCCUCCUGCAGGGCCAUGUAUAGCAUGAUAGAUGGAGAAUCCCUGUACCUGCCAGCAGUGCCUGCCAGGCUGUGCCAGGGGUAGGCAGCCUCCUGCAGGGCCAUGUAUAGCAUGAUAGAUGGAGAUUCCCUGUACCUGCUAGCAGUGCCUGCCAGGCUGUGCCAGGGGUAGGCAGCCUCCUGCAGGGCCAUGUAUAGCAUGAUAGAUGGAGAAUCCCUGUACCUGCCAGCAGUGCCUGCCAGGCUGUGCCAGGGGUAGGCAGCCUCCUGCAGGGCCAUGUAUAGCAUGAUAGAUGGAGAAUCCCUGUACCUGCUAGCAGUGCCUGCCAGGCUGUGCCAGGGGUAGGCAGCCUCCUGCAGGGCCAUGUAUAGCAUGAUAGAUGGAGAAUCCCUGUACCUGCCAGCAGUGCCUGCCAGGCUGUGCCAGGGGUAGGCAGCCUCCUGCAGGGCCAUGUAUAGCAUGAUAGAUGGAGAAUCCCUGUACCUGCCAGCAGUGCCUGCCAGGCUGUGCCAGGGGUAGGCAGCCUCCUGCAGGGCCAUGUAUAGCAUGAUAGAUGGAGAUUCCCUGUACCUGCUAGCAGUGCCUGCCAGGCUGUGCCAGGGGUAGGCAGCCUCCUGCAGGGCCAUGUAUAGCAUGAUAGAUGGAGAAUCCCUGUACCUGCCAGCAGUGCCUGCCAGGCUGUGCCAGGGGUAGGCAGCCUCCUGCAGGGCCAUGUAUAGCAUGAUAGAUGGAGAAUCCCUGUACCUGCUAGCAGUGCCUGCCAGGCUGUGCCAGGGGUAGGCAGCCUCCUGCAGGGCCAUGUAUAGCAUGAUAGAUGGAGAAUCCCUGUACCUGCCAGCAGUGCCUGCCAGGCUGUGCCAGGGGUAGGCAGCCUCCUGCAGGGCCAUGUAUAGCAUGAUAGAUGGAGAAACCCUGUACCUGCCAGCAGUGUGUGCCAGGGGUAGGCAGCCUCCUGCAGGGCCAUGUAUAGCAUGAUAGAUGGAGAAUCCCCGUACCUGCCAGCAGUGUGUGCCAGUGUGUGCCAGGGGUAGGCAGCCUCCUGCAGGGCCAUGUAGCAUGAUAGAUGGAGAAUCCCUGUACCUGCCAGCAGUGCCUGCCAGGCUGUGCCAGGGGUAGGCAGCCUCCUGCAGGGCCAUGUAUAGCAUGAUAGAUGGAGAAACCCUGUACCUGCCAGCAGUGUGUGCCAGGGGUAGGCAGCCUCCUGCAGGGCCAUGUAUAGAAUGAUAGAUGGAGAAUCCCUGUACCUGCCAGCAGUGCCUGCCAGGCUGUGCCAGGGGUAGGCAGCCUCCUGCAGGGCCAUGUAUAGCAUGAUAGAUGGAGAAACCCUGUACCUGCCAGCAGUGCCUGCCAGGCUGUGCCAGGGGUAGGCAGCCUCCUGCAGGGCCAUGUAUAGCAUGAUAGAUGGAGAAUCCCUGUACCUGCUAGCAGUGCCUGCCAGGCUGUGCCAGGGGUAGGCAGCCUCCUGCAGGGCCAUGUAUAGCAUGAUAGAUGGAGAAUCACUGUACCUGCCAGCAGUGUGUGCCAGGGGUAGGCAGCCUCCUGCAGGGCCAUGUAUAGCAUGAUAGAUGGAGAAUCCCUGUACCUGCUAGCAGUGCCUGCCAGGCUGUGCCAGGGGUAGGCAGCCUCCUGCAGGGCCAUGUAUAGCAUGAUAGAUGGAGAAUCCCUGUACCUGCCAGCAGUGCCUGCCAGGCUGUGCCAGGGGUAGGCAGCCUCCUGCAGGGCCAUGUAUAGCAUGAUAGAUGGAGAAUCCCUGUACCUGCUAGCAGUGUGUGCCAGGCUGUGCCAGGGGUAGGCAGCCUCCUGCAGGGCCAUGUAUAGAAUGAUAGAUGGAGAAUCCCUGUACCUGCUAGCAGUGUCUGCCAGGCUAUGCCAGGAAGGCAGCCUCCUGCAGGGCCAUGUAUAGAAUGAUAGAUGGAGAAUCCCUGUACCUGCCAGCAGUGCCUGCCAGGCUGUGCCAGGGGUAGGCAGCCUCCUGCAGGGCCAUGUAUAGCAUGAUAGAUGGAGAAUCCCUGUACCUGCUAGCAGUGUCUGCCAGGCUAUGCCAGGAAGGCAGCCUCCUGCAGGGCCAUGUAUAGAAUGAUAGAUGGAGAAUCCCUGUACCUGCUAGCAGUGCCUGCCAGGCUGUGCCAGGGGUAGGCAGCCUCCUGCAGGGCCAUGUAUAGCAUGAUAGAUGGAGAAUCCCUGUACCUGCCAGCAGUGUGUGCCAGGCUGUGCCAGGGGUAGGCAGCCUCUUUCAGGGCCAUGUAUAGCAUGAUAGAUGGAGAAACCCUGUACCUGCCAGCAGUGUGUGCCAGGCUGUGCCAGUGUGUGCCAGGGGUAGGCAGCCUCCUGCAGGGCCAUGUAUAGCAGGAUAGAUGGAGAAUCCCUGUACCUGCCAGCAGUGUGUGCCAGGCUCUGCCAGGGGUAGCAGCCUCCUGCAGGACCAUGUAUAGCAUGAUAGAUGGAGAAUCCCUGUACCUGCCAGCAGUGUGUGCCAGGCUGUGCCAGGGGUAGGCAGCCUCCUGCAGGGCCAUGUAUAGAAUGAUAGAUGGAUAAUCCUUGUACCUGCUAGCAGUGUGUGCCAGGCUGUGCCAGGGGUAGGCAGCCUCCUGCAGGGCCAUGUAUAGCAUGAUAGAUGGAGAAUCCCUGUACCUGCCAGCAGUGUGUGCCAGGCUGUGCCAGGGGUAGGCAGCCUCCUACAGGGCCAUGUGUAGCAUUAUGGAUGGAGAAUCCCUGUACCUGCCAGCAGUGUGUGCCAGGCUGUGCCAGGGGUAGGCAGCCUCCUGCAGGGCCAUGUAUAGCAUGAUAGAUGGAGAAUCCCUGUACCUGCUAGCAGUGUGUGCCAGGCUGUGCCAGGGGUAGGCAGCCUCCUGCAGGGCCAUGUAUAGUAUGAUAGAUGGAGAAUCCCUGUACCUGCUAGCAGUGUGUGCCAGGUGUAGGCAGCCUCCUGCAGGGCCAUGUAUAGCAUGAUAGAUGGAGAAUCCCUGUACCUGCCAGCAGUGUGUGCCAGGCUGUGCCAGGAGUAGGCAGCCUCCUGCAGGGCCAUGUAUAGCAUGAUAGAUGGAGAAUCCCUGUACCUGCCAGCAGUGUGUGCCAGGCUGUGCAAGGGGUAGGCAGCCUCCUGCAGGGCUAUGUAUAGCAUGAUAGAUGGAGAAUCCCUGUACCUGCCAGCAGUGUGUGCCAGGGUUAGGCAGCCUCCUGCAGGGCCAUGUAUAGCAUGAUAGAUGGAGAAUCCUUGUACCUGCUAGAAGUGUGUGCCAGGCUGUGCCAGGGGUAGGCAGCCUCCUGCAGGGCCAUGUAUAGAAUGAUAGAUGGAUAAUCCUUGUACCUGCUAGCAGUGUGUGCCAGGCUGUGCCAGGGGUAGGCAGCCUCCUGCAGGGCCAUGUAUAGCAUGAUAGAUGGAGAAUCCCUGUACCUGCCAGCAGUGUGUGCCAGGCUGUGCCAGGGGUAGGCAGCCUCCUACAGGGCCAUGUGUAGCAUUAUGGAUGGAGAAUCCCUGUACCUGCCAGCAGUGUGUGCCAGGCUGUGCCAGGGGUAGGCAGCCUCCUGCAGGGCCAUGUAUAGCAUGAUAGAUGGAGAAUCCCUGUACCUGCUAGCAGUGUGUGCCAGGCUGUGCCAGGGGUAGGCAGCCUCCUGCAGGGCCAUGUAUAGUAUGAUAGAUGGAGAAUCCCUGUACCUGCUAGCAGUGUGUGCCAGGUGUAGGCAGCCUCCUGCAGGGCCAUGUAUAGCAUGAUAGAUGGAGAAUCCCUGUACCUGCCAGCAGUGUGUGCCAGGCUGUGCCAGGAGUAGGCAGCCUCCUGCAGGGGCAUGUAUAGCAUGAUAGAUGGAGAAUCCCUGUACCUGCCAGCAGUGUGUGCCAGGCUGUGCAAGGGGUAGGCAGCCUCCUGCAGGGCUAUGUAUAGCAUGAUAGAUGGAGAAUCCCUGUACCUGCCAGCAGUGUGUGCCAGGGUUAGGCAGCCUCCUGCAGGGCCAUGUAUAGCAUGAUAGAUGGAGAAUCCUUGUACCUGCUAGAAGUGUGUGCCAGGCUGUGCCAGGGGUAGGCAGCCUCCUGCAGGGCCAUGUAUAGCAUGAUAGAUGGAGAAUCCCUGUACCUGCUAGCAGUGUGUGCCAGACUGUGCCAGGGGUAGGCAGCCUCCUGCAGGGCCAUGUAUAGAAUGAUAGAUGGAGAAUCCCUGUACCUGCUAGCAGUGUGUGCCAGGCUGUGCCAGGGGUAGGCAGCCUCCUGCAGGGCCAUGUAUAGAAUGAUAGACGGAGAAUCCCUGUACCUGCCAGCAGUGUGUGCCAGGCUGUGCCAGGGGUAGGCAGCCUCCUGCAGGGCCAUGUAUAGCAUGAUAGAUGGAGAAUCCCUGUACCUGCUAGCAGUGUGUGCCAGGCUGUGCCAGGGGUAGGCAGCCUCCUGCAGGGCCAUGUAUAGUAUGAUAGAUGGAGAAUCCCUGUACCUGCUAGCAGUGUGUGCCAGGUGUAGGCAGCCUCCUGCAGGGCCAUGUAUAGCAUGAUAGAUGGAGAAUCCCUGUACCUGCCAGCAGUGUGUGCCAGGCUGUGCCAGGAGUAGGCAGCCUCCUGCAGGGGCAUGUAUAGCAUGAUAGAUGGAGAAUCCCUGUACCUGCCAGCAGUGUGUGCCAGGCUGUGCAAGGGGUAGGCAGCCUCCUGCAGGGCCAUGUAUAGCAUGAUAGAUGGAGAAUCCCUGUACCUGCCAGCAGUGUGUGCCAGGGUUAGGCAGCCUCCUGCAGGGCCAUGUAUAGCAUGAUAGAUGGAGAAUCCUUGUACCUGCUAGAAGUGUGUGCCAGGCUGUGCCAGGGGUAGGCAGCCUCCUGCAGGGCCAUGUAUAGAAUGAUAGAUGGAUAAUCCUUGUACCUGCUAGCAGUGUGUGCCAGGCUGUGCCAGGGGUAGGCAGCCUCCUGCAGGGCCAUGUAUAGCAUGAUAGAUGGAGAAUCCCUGUACCUGCCAGCAGUGUGUGCCAGGCUGUGCCAGGGGUAGGCAGCCUCCUACAGGGCCAUGUAUAGCAUUAUGGAUGGAGAAUCCCUGUACCUGCCAGCAGUGUGUGCCAGGCUGUGCCAGGGGUAGGCAGCCUCCUGCAGGGCCAUGUAUAGCAUGAUAGAUGGAGAAUCCCUGUACCUGCUAGCAGUGUGUGCCAGGCUGUGCCAGGGGUAGGCAGCCUCCUGCAGGGCCAUGUAUAGUAUGAUAGAUGGAGAAUCCCUGUACCUGCUAGCAGUGUGUGCCAGGUGUAGGCAGCCUCCUGCAGGGCCAUGUAUAGCAUGAUAGAUGGAGAAUCCCUGUACCUGCCAGCAGUGUGUGCCAGGCUGUGCCAGGAGUAGGCAGCCUCCUGCAGGGGCAUGUAUAGCAUGAUAGAUGGAGAAUCCCUGUACCUGCCAGCAGUGUGUGCCAGGCUGUGCAAGGGGUAGGCAGCCUCCUGCAGGGCUAUGUAUAGCAUGAUAGAUGGAGAAUCCCUGUACCUGCCAGCAGUGUGUGCCAGGGUUAGGCAGCCUCCUGCAGGGCCAUGUAUAGCAUGAUAGAUGGAGAAUCCUUGUACCUGCUAGAAGUGUGUGCCAGGCUGUGCCAGGGGUAGGCAGCCUCCUGCAGGGCCAUGUAUAGCAUGAUAGAUGGAGAAUCCCUGUACCUGCUAGCAGUGUGUGCCAGACUGUGCCAGGGGUAGGCAGCCUCCUGCAGGGCCAUGUAUAGAAUGAUAGAUGGAGAAUCCCUGUACCUGCUAGCAGUGUGUGCCAGGCUGUGCCAGGGGUAGGCAGCCUCCUGCAGGGCCAUGUAUAGAAUGAUAGACGGAGAAUCCCUGUACCUGCUAGCAGUGUGUGCCAGGGGUUGGCAGCCUACUGCAGGGCCAUGUAUAGCAUGAUAGAUGGAGAAUCCCUGUACCUGCUAGCAGUGUCUGCCAGGCUAUGCCAGGGGUAGGCAGCCUCCUGCAGGGCCAUGUAUAGCAGGAUAGAUGGAGAAUCCCUGUACCUGCCAGCAGUGUGUGCCAGGCUGUGCCAGGGGUAGGCAGCCUCCUGCAGGGCCAUGUAUAGCAUGAUAGAUGGAGAAUUCCUGUUUCUGCCAGGCUGUGUCAGGGGUUGGCAGCCUUUGGCACUCCAGAUGUUGUGGAUUACAUCCCCCCUGCGGUUUUGCAAGCAUUAUGGGAGAUGGAGUCCACAGCAUCUGGAGUGCCAAAGGCUGCCUACAUCUGCUAGUGUAGUCUGUCAGUCUUGUUAUUGGAUGGGGUUAAUCCAGAUGUGACAGAAAGCAGACCUCAGCUGUCACAGAACUGCAACUCCUAUGAUCCUUUGCCAGAAUUGAGUUUUGCCAAAACAUCAUGGGAGUUGUAGUUCUGCCUAUCCAAUUAUCUAGUUUGGAUUAAUAUAUGAUGUAAUGUGCUAGGUAUGUUUUAUGAAUUGCAGCUAGGUAGCUUGACAGUGUUUUGAGGGUUGAUUUAACAAAAGGGGGGAAAAAAACCCUAGCUCAUUAAUGCUUUCAAUGACAGUUCCUCGUCACAGAAUAGGCUGUAGAUGGCUUUAGACUGCAAUUGUCCUAAUCUUCCAAUCGCCAUAUAUGUGUAUGAUUCACUGUUUACAUAUUGUGUUCAACUGGGAAGCUUGAGUACACAUACAAUUUGUCACUGCCUUUUUCAUGUUUGUAAUUAUUAUUUUAGUUUGUUUAUAUAGCGCCAGCGAUUUCCGUAAUGUAGCAUGCCACAUGAUUGGCCUAUUUAAGACUCCAAUCAUUGCUCACGCCAUGGUUUCUCUUAUGUCUCACAGUAGUAGGAGAGCUAUUUUUGCUGAAAAGCAACUUGACAUUUGCAUGAUUAUUUACUAAAGGGAAAAUUGUUGAAGAUGCAAGGGGAAUUCCAAGUUAAUUUCACGUGUAAAACAAAAGUAGCUGAAAUGGAAAAAUAUUCCAAGUCAGUAAUGCUUCUAGUUCUGCUACUUUUAAUUUGAAAUUCACUCUCCUCAAUUCUCAUUUUAGUAAAUAACCCUGAUAAAAUUCACAUUCAGGUCAAAACAGUCCUGGAGUGAUUUCCCAAUAUAUACACCUGGGUCAUGUUACACCCCAAGGGAUGAAUCUUUAAAGUUUGCAUUUUUUUGUAGUAUGUAUCAUCUUAUUGAGGUCUUUCCAUAGAGUCUUGCAGCUGCGAUGUGUCCAUGAAAUUAGCUUAAACUGUUAUAUACGUUGCUUGUAAUUAAUGGAUCCCCAUCAUAUUAGCAAAUAGGAACAGUGGGAUAAUUAGAUACAAGUUCAUAAGAGCAGCCAAUUUAAUAGGCAUAAUCUGUCCCAUUUAUGCUUCUUGGUUUAAAUAUCCAUUUUUUUAGGCCAGUACUUUAGUCAGUAGUGCAUGUUAUCAACACGUCCAGUAAUCUGUCCACAUGUCCUCAGCUUGAAUUCUGUACUCUCCAAAUAUUAAAAUUACAACUGUUUUUAAUUGGUUUGACUCUUAUCUAGGUCCUCUGGUCUCCCAAAGACAAUCCCCUCUUCAGAGAUCUGUUGCUCUCUAGCAAUAUCAAUUUCAUCCAUUUUUGAAUGGUUUCAUUAGCAGUGACACUCCACAGUCAGAGCUCUCCAGAGUUGGACAAAGUUGAUACUGCUAUUGCGGAAAAGGAACUUCUCUUUAGCAAUGUCUGUGAAGAGGGCAUGGGCCUGGGGGGUAAGUGUCAGAGCUUCUGAAAACAGUUCGACUCUGAACUGCACAAGUGCACAGCAUGUUUUUUUUUUUUUUUGCAGUGUGUCAAAUGGACAUCUAUCUAUCCAUCUAUACUCUCUCUCUCUCUGACAUUUAUAUAUAUUCAUGUCCACUAAUUUAGAAGGAAGCUCAAAAGUUGGUAGUGCACUUUCCAAAGUUAUUUACAGUUUUUGAGUGUAAGUAUGUGAAAUCACAAGCAACAUUAUAGAGAAAUAUUGGGGACCUACUAGGCAUGUGUGGCAAUUGCCAGGAGCAGCCAUUCAGAUUUUUCACAUAGAGAAGCAUUGAUUCUCUUUGUAAAACAUUGCAAUACUGGAUGUAAAGACAUUCCUUUAUUGAAAGUCUUAGACAACCACUAGAGGCGUUCUUGGUGACAGAUGUAAGCAUUGCCAUUUAUGAGCAACUGCAAUGUUUACAUUUGUCAGACCACAGGGACAGGAUCUUUGCAGAUUAACAUGUGGUUUUUGUGAUUGGUGUCCUUUCAAUGUUGCUAAUUAUCAUGCAGUAAAAGAUAAAAUACUGCAUGGUUGCAGGAAGUUCUGUGCUUGUGCUGCUGUUUCGCAUGCCCGGUAAAGGUGUGACAGGUGGGGAUUAUACCACCAACGCUGUAAAUACCAGAGCAAGUUUUGCUCUGGUAAAUGUGAGUACAAUAUUUUAUUUAUUUCUCUAUAUUCACGAAUACUUACUUAACCACUGGAGCAUCCUUUUUUGUAUUUACUCCUAUACAUGUAAUGCAUACUGCACUCCAUUUGAGCCAUCUGAGACGCCCACAUAAUCACAUAUCCUCAGACGGGGAUUGUUCCGUCCAUCGCUGAAACAGCCAAGCUCUGAUAUAGCUCAAUCAGAUGUGAGUGAAAUUACAUAAGAUCACACAUCACUCAAUCUUUGUACAUACUGUACUGCACUAUUAUUGUUUCUUCUGUUCUUUUUUUUUUUUUUAUUUUUGUGCCCGAUAGGCAAGAACAUAUCCAUAAAAGGCUUGCGCAGAAGCCGCAUUAUAAUAAAAACAUAUAUAUAGACAUCAAUGUUAACAUUGGCCUCUGUGGCCCGCCUCUUUACAUUUUCUUUAUAGCUUGCCCCCCGUCGGGGAUUUUAUGUGUUUAUUGGCUGUUACAGUUAACUUCUCAAUUUUCAUAUCAUAUAUAGAGUGUGAGCAGUGCUGCUGUAAGGCCCGCGCAGGAGCCUGUAUGUUAGUGUUCUAUCUUGGAGAGUUGGAUUGGGGCCAUGGGUCCUAAGACAGGUCUCUCAGUGGAUGCUAUUCUAUUAGCCCAUUGUCGGUGGUAAUGUGUCCUUAAGUCUGGUCCUGCCCACUAAGGAUGAGCCUCAACUCCAGCCCUGUCUGGGUGUACUUUAGACAUCCUCCAUCCUCCUUUAGCGCGCUCAUGUCUAGAUGAGGGAAGUUAGUUAUGUCUCCAUGUGGUGGGACAAUGUCAGCCAUAGAGAAGUUUAGAAGUAAGAGAGAAAUAUAGAGAUAGUGGGUAUCCUUGUAGGCUAAGGUUUCGGUACCUAAAGUUAGAGAAUGUGAAAGAUACAGGUAUAGACGUAGAGAGUAAGAUGAAGUGAGAAAGAGGGGUAUAGAGAUCAAGAAGGAUGUGAAUGUGAAGGGUGGGAGGGGGGAGGAAGGGGGGGGGAGGCGGACGAGGUUGAGGUUUUUAUUCCAUCACCGACCUAGCAGUGUCUGGUCCUGAAUCGGACCGCCCCCUUGGCACCUCAGUCGUGUUCCGAGCCUAUGGCACUGUUGUCCCACGGUUCCCAGGCCUUCUGGAAGGCCAGAGUCGUUCCUCAAAAUACACUUAAAAUACAAUUAAAAUACCAUAUAAUGACUUUCGUGCUGAAAUACACCUUCUUCAAGAACACAGUAAGGGUACCCGUAACCUGUCCUGACCCAGGUCUCCCAUCCCCCCCAUGGGUCCCGACUAUUUAGUGUCCCAGCUUCGGUCGGGGGGGGGGUUUACGACUUAAAGCGAUAGACUCUGGGCCUUGCACGUUAUACGUCGUGGUUGGGGACGUAGUCAAUGGGUGCUGUCUUUUUUUUUUUUUUUUUGUAAUAACUGUUUUACGAAAGGUCUUGUGUUUGUUGUCCCGUGUUCUAUUUACCUGUGCUUACGCUAGUCUUCCCCCUACGUCCCUAUGGUCCUGUUAUGUGGUGGUUGUGUAGCGGUCACUGUCACCAGUUAGUUGGGGGCGACUGGAUGUCUCUAGUCAUAGGGAUGUGUCGUUUUCGGUCAGUUCUCCCUGCCUUUCAAACGUCCUCCUGUCCUGCUAUUGAUUUGCCCCCUUUUGUAACCAGGAGACAAGGUGUCGGGCAUAGUGAACCUCCCUCUCCCAUACUCUACUGUGGGUAGCUUUCCCCGGUACAUCCUAGUGUAAAUUGUAAAUUGUUUGUCGCUCGGUCGCUUCUCCUUCGUAAAGGAGCUGAUUUUUGAUAAUAUCGGUUGUCUUGGUCAUUUUUUUUUUUCUUUUUCGUGACCAGCUAUUGGGGUCCGUCUCUAUUCCCCCCGAGGGCGCAACCCGCCCAUUGCCUGGCGCCGCCGAUACCACGGUGCGGCGGUUGGAUAAGGGGGGAGGGGGGCCAAGGGGGCUCUAGGGAGCCCUCCCAAGCUGCAGCCAUGUAAAAAAGGCGCCUCUUAGGGGGGAACAGCUGCAGCGGUCCCUUUUUAAGGCAAUACCCAACAGUUAAAAUUUAAACGGGCCUGAGGGGGUUCUCCAGAGUCCUUACUCCUCGGAAGAUCUUCGCUGAGGGAGAGGUACCAGUCGCUAUGCACAGAUGUCUCGAUAGGGGGAUCCGUCAAUUGCACCACCCUUUCCCCCUCCCAAUCCAAUAAAAGUGAACCCCAAGUUGAUCUUUUGAAUUCCAGCUGAUUGUCGGUGGGGCAGAGCGGCUAUCCCUCUCCGAUCACAUAUACGGGGGGGGGAGUACCCCCCCGUGCCAUAAGCCUUAGAGAUAACUAUGAGGGAUUCAAGUCAAAAAUAACCAGGGUCCCAAAACUAUAGCGUAGCCCCCACCUCAUCCCCCACCCCAACUCCACGGGAGGACACAUCUCCUACCCCCCCCAAGGUCCCGCAUCUGCCAGGUCGAGAACACGAGAGGGGCCCCCGGGCUAGACAGUACGUUACCGACAGCAGUUAACAGCGUCUUCUCGGUUCCGAUCCCCGCCACUCCGAGUGUAGCUGUGGAAGAUCCUCCGGUUGCAUCGCCACGCUGGGGAGGUCAGGAGGCGGUUGUACGCCAAGGCCACUGAGCAUUCGGUGGGGGUCUCCUCCCGGUGUGAGAACGUGUGCCCGGUCCCCUUUGAACACCAUCAACUUAAAGGGGAAACCCCAGGCGUAUUUGAUACCGGCUUUUCUUAGGGCUUCAGUGAUGGGGCGCCAUUCUCUCCUCCGUUGUAGCGUGGAGGGGGCUAGGUCGUGGUAAAGGGAGAUGACCUUACCGGAGUGCCGAAUGGGGGUCUCACGGCUCUUCUUCAUUAGUGCUUCCUUAGUGCGAUGGUAUAGGAAACGGAUUAUUACAUCCCGCGGUGUAUUGGUGUCGUUCCUCUGGCCCCGUAAGGCCCUGUGCGCCCUCUCCAUGUGCCAGUGUUCUUCUGGUAUAUGCGGGAGCAGAGGCUUCAGGAUGGUGAGUAUAAGCCCCUGUAGGUCCUCGUCCGGAUUUUCAGGCAGGCCUCUCAGGCGAAUAUUGUUUCUCCUGGACCGGUUAGCCAGGUCUUCAAAGGCAAGAUCCAUAUUUACCAUUUGAGCUGUGAGAUUGUUUGCCCUCUCCACCACUGCAUUGUGGGCCUGCACGGAGGCCUCCAUGCGGUCCUCGAGUUUAGCGGUGCGCUCUCCCAGGGCCCCGAUCUCGGCCUGGAGUACUGCUGUGGAUUUGGCUAUUUCCCCAGCGAGGAAGGUCCUCAUUUCGGCCAGCUUUGCCAGGACCGUGUCUCGGUCCUCAGGGGAUGAUUCUCGUUCAGCACGGGGCGAAGCCUGUGGGGUAGUAGUGCCGGCGCCAUCUUGGGUCCCCAAGCGGCCUUGUUUCUGUGCCGACAUAAGAUCUAGGACGGUGCUGCCGGGGUCAGUAUCCCUCUUCUGUUGUUUUUUGGGAAGCCUUUUCUCCAUUAUGGGGGGGCUCACUGGAUGAAGUAGUGGUCAAUUAGGUCGCUUUUGUUGGCUUUUAGGGCGCGUUUCGUCGGGAGCUCUAGUGAGACACGUCUAGUCCCAUCGACGGUCAGACCACGCCCCCUUCUGUUCUUUUUGAGGUCAAAUGUGUAUAUAACCUUAAGAGACCUGUGUACGUAUCAAGUUUUGUACAUAAAUUUUCUGCGUGGUUUCUUUCUCUUUUUUUCCCCUCCAAAUUAUUAUGCAGUGCCUUAUCAUAUUUCAUACUACUUAAUAUCAUAACCGAGGGUGUAGUAGAACACAUAUCUGUCCAAAUAUUGAGGGGAAAAAAUGCUCCAAGAUUCUGACUUGUUCCCCCAUAAAGAAAAAUAAGUUUUCUGAUUUCCCCAUUUUAACAAGCUCUCCCAGACACUCGCUAAUAUCCUAUGGCUUCCGUAGGAUCAUUGGUAAGCAUUUCUGUGAUGCAUUGCUUAUUAAUUUCUAUUUGAACCCAAUGCAUGUCUGCAAACUGUUUAUUAUUCAUUGAGGAAAAUAAAUGUUUGAGCACUCUCAAGCCAGUGAAUAGAAACAAUUUUGAACAGGUUGCCAGUCACAGAAAAAAACAGUUCUAUUAGAAAGGUGUCAAAGUAUUCUGGAUAACAUGCGCUGAACAGAAUUGGAUUUGAGAUCUCUCACUUCUCCCUGAGAGGGAAUACAGUGGUACCUUGGUUUACAAACGCCUCGGUUAACAUAAUUUUCGCUUUACAAAUAAAAAUCCAUUGAAAAUAAUGCCUUGGUUUACAAAUUUCAUUCGCAAUACAAAGCAAGUUUCCCCAGGAUGCAUUGCACCAGGGAGGUUUACAGCGCCGCCCCCGUGCAUGCUGGAGUCUGUGGGUAGCUUGUGGCGUAGAGUUUGGAGGUGUUGGAGCGGUUUUUGCAUCGAGUUUUGGUGCCAUUCUGGAAUUUUUUGCAGCGGUUUUGGGACUUUUUGGAACUUUUUUUGGUGCAUUUCUCAAGCGGUGGAAAGGUAGGGAGCUGAGCAUCGUCGUUUGCAUGCCUUUUACUGUGUGUUCUGCAUUUUGGGUUGGUUUCCAUGCCAGCUCAUUUUGACUUUUUUCUGACGUCCAACGGAUUAAUUGGUUUUCAAUGCAUUCCUAUGGGAAACCGCGUUUCGGUUUACAAACUUUUUGCAAUAAGAAGCGUCCCGGAGAAUUCAUUAAAUUCGUAAAUCGAGGUACUACUGUACAUUUAUUUGCUGGUUACAGUAGUUUUUUUUUUUGCUUGAUUUGACAGGCAUCUCCUAAAAUGCAUUGCAUUAGCAUAGUGCACAAAUAUAAACAUGGUGGGCAUGGAAGCGAGCAAGUGUGUGGGGGGAACGGCAUGUCAAAAGGGACAGGCCCAUUCCUAAAGAGGCUGGCCAAACUGGCUGACAGUAUAAUUAAAAGUAAAGUAAUGAAACUUUGUAAUAAAUAAAAAAAGAAAUUGCUGAAUUUGCAAUAAAUCUCAAGGCAUUGCAUUCCUUGCAGUUAGAAUAGCCAAGAUAAGGAAAUGAUCAGCCUCUCAGGAUACUCCAGUAGAUUUUAUAUGGCAGUUUUCAAAGUGCAGAUCACAUCUCAGAUAUUUCUUCAUUACAUGUCUCAAUGGACAGAGUAGGAGUGUCUGAUAGAAGUUAAAGGACCACUAUAGUGCCAGGAAAACAAACUCAUUUUCCUGGCACUAUAGGAUAAUUAGGUCCCCCUCCCGCUCCAGCCACUUACCUUAAUCCAGUGCCGGGCUCCCUCGUCACUGGUGACUUCUCCUCCCUCUGCCGACGUCCAUGCUGAAUGCGCAGGCGCGGCAACAGCCUCGCACACAUUAAAAACGCCCAUCGGAAAGCAUUACUCAAUGCUUUCCUAUGGACGUUAGCGUCAUCUCGGUGUGAUAUUUAUUUUUUUAACAUUUUUUUUCACACACUGAGAAUCGUGGAAGCGGCCUCUAGUGGUUGUCAGGUAGACAGCCACUAGAGGCUGGAUUAACCCUCAAUGAAUACAGCUGCAGGGUUAAAACCAGGGUGACCUGGCAUCCAGACCACUUCAUUGAGCUGAAGUGGUCUUGGUGCCUAUAGUGGUCCUUUAAGCUAUGAGGGUAAACCAUGAGCUGAAAGCUAAAUAACCGAUAACAUGAACAAUUGUCUUUUUUUAACCCAUUAACAAGACCUUGAAUUUGAAAUAUAGGUUUGUUCCACUGUAAUUUAAGAGUUUUUUUUUAAGUGCUCUAAUGCAUAUUAUAUAAAAUAUUUUAAAGGAUGGAAAGGGCUUUUAUUUAACAUCAUUUUAUGAAUACCUAACACAACAUUACAUGUGGGGGGAAAUAAAAUAAAUAUAUAUAUAUAUAUAUUAUUCUCAAAACAUUUUUUCUUAUAAUCAUUUUUAAACAUCCAGUGCAACUAAUGUUUAAUUAGUUGCACUGGAUGUGUAAGCAUAUUUUGGCAACAGAGGGAGGCCAGAGUUGGCACACACAGGAAGGGAAGGGAGAAAACUUGAAAUCUUAACAUCGGUCGCCAGAAUUCACAUUUGGAAGUCCAGAACAGACUUCCGGUCUGCCAAAGUCACGUGUGCUGGGGUGUACCACUGCACAUACAGAGUCCUACCUCCGUGACCACUUUAAAAAGCUUAAGUGGUCAUGUUGAUUGGAAUAACCCUUUUAACCCCUUAAGGACACAUGACAUGUGUGACAUGUCAUGAUUCCCCUUUAUUCCAGAAGUUUGGUCCCUAAGGGGUUAAAGGACAACUAAAGGAACCCAGGCCACUUCAUCUCAAUUAAGUGGUCAAGGUGCAGUAGCCCUAUAGUUUUAAAGUUACAAUGUAAAACACUGUACAGAAACUGCAAUGAUUCCAUUGCAGAGUUAACACGCUUCUAGUGACGGUCUUGCAGACAGCCACUAUAGGCACCUCCAUGUUGAGAACAGUCAGACUGGAUUCUCAAUCAAAUGAUGCUCAUAGAACAGCAUUUUAUUGUCGCAGUGCAGCGUUUUGCCUUGCGAGCGCACUAGCCUUACAGUGUUCCUAUGGGGUACAUUGGAUGGGCUGAGUCAAUCUUCAUGAUCUCAACCAAGGAGGCAUAGUGACAGGUUGGGGAUUGCCAUGGUGAGUGCUGUAAGUAAAACUUACCUUUCAAAGCCUUACUGGGAGAACCCUGAAUAGGUAUUCUUAAUGCUUGCUUGUAUUCGUAAUGCUGUAGUAUUCUUUUAGGUAUGUAUGCAAUGUUACUUUUAGGGAGUUUGCAUAUUGUCCUACUUGGAGUGCACGGGGAGAUAUACUUACCUGUAACUGUCCGUGGCAUGUGCCACCAUAUUCUGUAUUCAGCUCCUGGCGCUUCAUCUGCCAGGGGCUGUGUCACGCAAUGAGAGAACACUGGGGUCUGUGGAGGAUUCCACGAGACUAUAAAGACCAACUCUCUCUAUUCUCACUCUCGUGAUUAUGGAAUUAAUUGCCAUAGAUCUAAACAUAGCAGGCAUAUGACUGCUGUAAAGUAGGCCAAUCCAGCAUCAAUACUAUAUGUCAUUGGAUUAUGAGGCAUUAUUAUAAAUUCUCUUGGCUUACAUUUGCGGUUUGUAAGCACAUCCUUUGACACAAACUUUCUCUUAAGUUUUAAUAAACCCUUGUUUUUUUUAAAAAAAACAGGCACUGUGAAACGACCCCACAGAAAUGUUGAUUGAAAUCUGAAAAGUAAGAAGCUGUCUAUGGUUACUUGCAUAUAUGUCUGGCAUUCUGAGACAAUUGUUGAAUGUUUUGGGCAUCUCUUCACCUUUUUCUCUGAAAAUGUUACUGAGAGACCUCGUAGCAACAGUGUAACACUCCUGCUUAAUAUUCCAUUUGUGCUGUGGUGACUUACUUGAAGACUACUUUAUAAGCAUCAGUCUCUAGUGGCAUUUUAAUUGCUCUGCUGGGAUGGUAUUUGUGUUCCAAUAUUAUCUCUAUGAAGUGGUCUAUUAAUAACUUGUGUUUCUGGUUUUGUCAUCAUGAAAAAGAGUUAUGGAUAGCCGUAUUCUCAAAACAUGUCUCUAUUGUGGACUGGUAUGUUGUGAUUUAUUUUCUUUGCAUCUUUUAUUCCAAAUGUUUACCAGUAUAUGUAUUUACAGGAAUAGAGAGUAGUGCAGUCUAACAUUUACAUGAGUUGAUCCUGGAGUUCUUGAGUUCAGAAACGUAAUGAGUCUUCUUUGCAUGAGUAAAAAAAACAAACCUAAAUGUAAUGCCUAUAAUGUGAUCUUAAAUGAUCGUAACUAUACUAGGCAAUACCCUGUAUGUAUACCAUUGCAAAGUAACAAUCUUAAUCCUAAACCAAACCCUAAUUCUAAAUCUAAGCCUAAAUCAUAAUAAUCCUAGUUCUCUACCCAAUCCUAAUAAAGUAUUGUACCAACCACUGCAAUGUAUAUUUUAUAGAGAAGUAUAGUGAGCUAGAAGGAAUUAGGAAGGUGUGUACCGCACCACUGAACACAAGACCUUAAAAUUGUAGUAGGUGCCAGGAGUCCUCUGGUGCUUUGCCCGAUAAGUAUUAAAUCCUAGAUGGAUACAUUGUUCUGAGGAAGUUGCUAAUUGGAACUAAAAAACCUUUUUGUUAAAAUGACUCACAUGCAGUAAAUGUUCUUUGAAAGAACAUGUCCCCAACAGUCUUCAACUCACCUUUUACCUGCAGAUGCCGCUUCUCUUCCAUAUGUUAGAGGAGGACCUAUCUUCACUAGACAUAUUUGUGCAGCAUGCACAAUCCUUAAGAUGUCAUUGUUUUGGUGCUCAGUGUUCCUUUUAACCCCUUAAGGACACAUAACAUGUGUGACAUGUCAUGAUUCCCAUUUUUUUAUUCCAGAAGUUUGGUCCUUAAGGGGUUAAGCUAAAGAGGGAAACGAAUAUGUUUGCCACUGAGGUGGGGGGGAAAGAGAAAUAGAAAUAUGAAUGCAAACAACAAAACUGGAUUAUUUUAUCCUGAAUGCAAAAUGUUUUAGAAUGGUGUGCCAACUUACCUGAUCUUGUUAGGUGCUUUGGCCACUUAUAGUGUUCUCCGGCAGGAGAAGCCUGGAUGUCUUUUAAUGAGCUAAGCAGGUCCGAUACAGGACUGUGCUCAUUAGCUGAGAUCACUCAGCUGGCACUCUCAGCAACAGAUGAAAGUAUGACCAAGGGAAGUUAUCAGAUCUUUCUAAGAUGGUUAGCCAGGUUACUCUUUGAAGGUGCCAGGGAACUCCAGUCACCAUAACCAUCACAGUGGGCUGUAUUGCAUAUGGUGUUGUUUGUGUUCCUUUAAACUAGUUAAGGCUUGCAUUUUGACAUAUAUUGUUUCCUUUACAGAUUUCCAUCUUCUUUCUCUGUGUUACAACUGAACAUCAAUCAUGGAUACAUGUACAAGAAGUCAGGGGUGCCAAAUGAAGCCUAAAUUCACAGUGAAGAAAGAAGUAAGAUACUCUGCUGUUCUGCAUUGCAUGAGAUGAAUAUUACAUGUUUAUCUGAUCAUCUGACUAUAUGAACUGCCGACUGCAGCUAGAGGCAGGAAAACCUCCUGGCUGCCUGCUUCUUUUCAAAUUUCUGAAAUAUAGGGAUCCUACAUUUGAUACCUAAAACACUUCAUCAAGCUAAAAUCUUAGGGACAGAAGUGUCCUUUUAAACUCCUUCUACCCAAAGUAUAAUGCAAGCUAAGGCACUCUAGGUUAGACAUGGCCAAUGGGGAGAGGUAAAUCUUCAGCUCUUGUAGAACUACAACUUUCAUACUGCUCUUUUAGCUAGCUUCAGGUGACACCCAUCUUCUUUCCAGGUAUGCACGUAUUUCUCUCCUUUAUGGAGCACCUCUCCAUUCUGCAAUCCUAUGGAAAUCGUUCUGUAGCAUUCAGAAGAGAGUUCCUUAAAGCAGUGUGAGGCUUUCAUGUUUGCAAUGAGCACUUAAACCCAACAGAGUCCCAGCUGUGUUCACAGCAUUGAUGAUUGCCACAACGGAAAUAGUGUCUUUGUUUAACUUUGCAAUUUACAGCAUUUACAUUUUCCUCUACAGAAUAUCAGUGACGCUUUGCUGACCUCUGUGAAGUUAUUACUGCAAAGCAGGAAGGAUCUGUGUAGUAUCACCGAGAGCAUGAAAGGUAGCAAGAAAGGAAGAUUUAUUGAGGUCAGUUGUCAUUUUUUUUUUUAUGUGUGAGCCAGGAUUGAAAUGUUUUCUUAAUUUUUAUGCUUCCUAUUGUAUUAAGAUACAGCUCCUUGCAGGCUUAGUUAACCCUCUGCGUACAAUACAUUGUGAAACCAAGUGCAAAGCACCCAUGUUAAACCACGUAAUACUGCCAUGUUAACACGAUUUCCUUAAAGGGUUUCUCCAGUCUUUUUUUUUUUUACAUUAAAUGUAGUGUUAUUUUUUUCUUAUUUUGUCUUGUAGUGCACUUUAGUCCCCUCCCAUGUUGUGUGUGUGUGUUUUUUUUUUUUUUUUUUUUUUAAAUGGGGGGAAAAAUUUAAAUUAAAUCCAAGGCCGGGCCUAUCUUGUCCAUGCCUUCACUGUCAUCAGCGAGCAUAAUUCAGUUACAGUCCAUGAUCCAAUCAUAGGUGGGGAAGUAGAUUAGUACAGAGGGAGUGCAGCAGCUAAUAGAGGAAGGAGAGGGUGCUCCAUGGAGGGAGCUCUGCAUGAAAUGAAAUAGCAGCAGCGCCAUGUAGGAAGUUCUGUGCAGAGGGAGGGCAACAGCUAAUAAAGUAAGUGAAAGAAAAGGUGGCAGGACUGCAAAGAGAGAGAGAAUGGGUUUAUAGACUUAGUGAAGGGGAAGGAGGGAGGGCUGCUGGGAGGAGAGGAUAAUGGACUGAGGUAAGUAUGUGGUAUGUGUGCAUAAGUAGCUUCUGUUCUGUCAGUAACAACCGUGGCCGGACAGACGUCUCCUUACUCUUCUGCCUCUCCAAAAACAUUGGGUGUAAACAUCUGUAUAAUAGAACUCUUAAGCCUUAUCCAAGACAGUAAAGGUUUUAAGUCCACCCAUUGUACAGAGCUACGGAACUUGUUGGCGCUUUAUAAAUAAUAUUAAUAACAAAGGCACCCAAAUCCUUCACAAUGGUUUACCAAAACAAAAGUCCCUUAGCAGGCGCACCUGGUCAACUUGGGUUCUAUUUUCAGCUAAAUCAAAUUAUGUAAUCUGUGGGUUCCACCUCUGGUGUCUUACACCAUGUGGCCCGGGACAAUAGGACAGGGACACUUAGCUCGCAAUUUAUUGAGGAUUCCUUUGGAUUGUGCUACUCCUUUUAUAGUUAUAAAACCCACAGCACACCAAUAUAUGCCCAAAAAGUUUAUCUUUAUAUCCUAUACAUAGUGAUCAGAUAAUAUGUAAACAUAUAUAUAUAAUUCACAGUUAACAAAUGUGCACACCAUUCACUAACAACUAUAUCAACCGUAAAGUGCAUAAACAGGUUACCCAUUCAGUGUAUAAAACACCUUUACUGACCUAGUGCUCGAUACCAAAAUUCCUUUGUUUCGGCUACUGCAUUGUUCACAGGAUCUUGAUGACCCAUGUUCUCAGGUAUCUUCUAUACCUGACUAAAAACUAAGUGCACACCCACUAAAAACAAUCCAGUGUCCUAAUUGGAGCUUACAGGGGCUAGAUAUACUAUAACAGGUGGAGGGAUAAAUAAUGUCAUCACACUAUUGCGUGUGAUGCUAUAGUGACAAUACUAUUAAAUUCAUUGUGGCCAUUAAAGAUCAGAUUACAACUGUGGAUGCCCCGCCGCCAUAUCGCCAUCGUCCUACCAAAUCGAACCUCAGUUCUCCCAGUUCUGUAUAGAAGCUCUGUUGCUUAUUGCGCAUAAGAGCGCCGAUUCCAACACUCCUUUUAUAGACCAUGCUUGUUUGACUGGUUGGUAUGUUUCUUAGCUAACAUAGAUCUAUUGCAGUUUUUUUCCCUGUCUAUUGUAAACAUUUUGUGGGGUAUGCCAUAUAAACAUCAAUUUUAAAGAUUACUUCUUUAAUCCAAGUGUGAUAGAAAUCUUGUUCUCAGACCUUUCUAUAAUGUCUCCUAUCCCAUGUUCACAUUUGGCAAUUUAACUCUGAUAUAAUCUCCAAUCUCCAUUUUUUUUUUUUUUUUAAAAUGCAUUCUAAUGUUAUAAUGGCAGUAAUGUUUUUAUAUAUUUAUUUUUACAUAUUGCUGUAGUGUGGCAGGGACACUAAUGCAAAAUACAAAUGUUAUGAUGAUACCAGAGCUCCCACACCCUCCAUUCCAGCAGUAAAAGUGUUAAAACAAAUUAUUUAAGUCUUAUUUACUCCAGUGCCAGGAGAAUCUUCUUGCUAAACCUACGAACUGCUCCUGUAAAGAUGUCCAUAUUGAUGGCUUGUGUCCAAUUGGGUGCUUCUCUUUGAGAAGUACUCAAUUCUGCUUUGAGUUACAGUCCAAAGCGAUUGAGGCACAAAACCCUCCUAGCUUUCUCCUUGACAAUCGGGAGGUGCUAUUAAGGUGUUUUUUGCUUGAAAUUUGCACUUAUUUCCAAAAUAAGCUUACAGGGACGGCUAACAUUUACCCUAAAUGGAGUUACCCUUUAAGUAUAUCUUGUGACGUUGUGACAUAGACCUGAAAAUUAAGGUAACAGAUGUUUGUUUCUGCAUGAAACAUUUCCAAAGAUCAAGCCACAUUGUACUGUGAAUACGCAACAAUGACAGGAAAGGAAGCUCUGUUUGUAACUCAGGUCAAUGGAAAAUGUGAGUAACUCGUAUAGUGUGUGAGACUGGAGGAAAUUGUCUGCGUCCAUCUGUCAUUAAUAUGUGAAGUGGAGGAUAAAAGUGAAAAGAUAAUUUUAAGAGAAGGCAGCUAAGAAAAAGAAUAUAUUUCAUGACGUUUUUAGUUUUUUUGUUUUUGUUUUGUUUUGUGCAACGUAAACUACAUUUAUUCACAUUAGACACUCCUUGUGCAGAAAAUCUGCUCUGAAUUGUUUCAAUCUCACUAUUUAUGGAAGCAUCUUCAAAGACCACGAUUUCAUUGUGCGAUUAGAGAUUUUUUUUAUAUUUGUUUAUUUUCAGAUUUAGGAUUAACAGCAUUCAUACAAUAAGUCACAGAUGCACAACAAAAUAUGAAAUUACAUCCUGUAGUGUUAAAACUGCCAUCUAGCCCCCUUGGGCCCCUCAUGCCACCAUAAAUAUAGUAAAACUCUUACUGUAUUCAAGCCUGAAGCUGUAACUCUGCAUGCUGUUAGACUCAGAAAAACAAGCAGUCUGCUGACAUCAUCAGAAGUGGUAGCCUGAUCCAAUCACAGUGCUUACCCAUAGGAUUGGCUGAGACUGACAAAGAGGCAGAUCAGGGGCAGAGCCAGCAUGAUUCAAACACAACCCUGGCCAAUCAGCAUCUCCUCAUAGAGAUGAAUUGAAUGAAUGAAUCUCUAUGAGGAAAGUUCAGUGUCUGCAUGCAGUGGGAGGAGAUACUGAAUGUUUGGAUGCAUUUUAGGCAGCCAUGACCCAGGAAGGAUCUCUAACAGCUAUCUGAGGAGUGGCCAGUGAAGUUACCACUAGGCUGUAAUGCAAACAAUGCAUUUUCUCUGAAAAGACAGUGCUUACAGCAAAAAGCCUGAAGGUAAUGAUUCUACUCACCAGAACAAAUACAAUAAGCUGUAGUUGUUCUGGUGACUAUAGUGUCCCUUGAAAUAUCUUGGUAAAUUUCAAACAAUUCAUAAUUUUGGUUAGGGCAUAUAACACUGAUUGUUUUUGAAACCCUUCCAGUAAACAUACAGGAGUGUCAGCAUUUUUAAUGUUUUGUAUACCUAUACUCUGUUUAUUUAUGCUGGCACCUGAAAUUAUUAAAGCUGGUAUUUAAGUUGUCCCAGCUCUGAAAUAAGACUAAAAUAAAAUAUAUGCCUUAUUUUCUAAGUCUGGACCACAAAGCUAGAAGCUUCUUCACACUUCCUCUUUAAAUUGUGAUCAGAUAGCUGGAGAUUGUACUUUGAUCUGAACAAUGUUUGUGGAAAGCUGUAUCUGUACUUUUCGAAAAUCUCACUUCCUUUUUGGUUUUCCUUGUUUAAUAAAAAACGUAACUACAUGACAGAUUAUCAUGCAACCCAAAUCAGUGAUGUAUUUGCAGUGAAAAUUUUUUUUUCCUGUCUAAAUAGUAACACAAAGCUUUGAUCUGUGUCUAAUUAGUGUGUUUUAUUACUCUAUAACCGCUUCUUAACCAGGCACUAUAUUUUCCUGGUCCUUUUUGCCAUACUUAUUCAUGUCUUUGAACAUGAGCUGAUCAGUUUUGUGUUCAUUUUCAAGUAGAAUCGUUAUGAACCUAAUGAUAGCUGACAAGCAGUGCAUUCAAACGCCAUCUCUCAUCGGCUUGAAAUGUCAGGGUAAAAGUUGCCACAUUUCUGCUAUACACAACCUGCCUAACUUAAUAGGCAAAUGGGCAGCUUAAGUUGUAUUUUGUUUGCAUGAUUUUUCUAGUUACAAAUCCUGUUACAUUGAUGCCUACUUUGCUGUUUCAGCAUUUCCCAAUAUAGGGUGUACUUAAAUGGUUACACCAACCAAAAAACCCCCAGUAUUUUCGUAAAUCAAUGAUUUUCGUUAGAGUAACCCUUGCUUUUCUGGUCAUCCUCCCUGCCCUGCCCUCACCUCUCCUCCCCUCCACCCUAAAAAAAAAACAACAAAAAAAACAAGGUUACAAAUGUGAACAUGUGUGUAAAAACAAGGUUACAAAUGUGAACAUGUUUGUUUGUUUCUUGUUUUCCUCCUAAUCUAUCUUAUUAAUAAUAAUAAUAAUAUUAUUAUAUGAAUCACUGCCACUAAAAUACAGAAAUGAAGUCUCUGCCGUGCUUUAUAUGCAUACAUUUACAGCCGUAAAUUACAGGUGUAAUUGUAUGGCUGUACAGUUCCCAAUAUAUGUUUGCAUGUUUUAUGAUUAUUGUGUCAUAUAUAUUAGUCACAUAAAAGCUAUGAAAACUAGUGGGGGGGUGAAUAUUAUAAAGCUCCCAGCAGCAUGUGAGCAAAUUGUCCCAGAGUCGACAUCAUCUUGGCUGGCUAAGAAUAAUGGGACUCUUAGGUUGAGUGAGAGAAGUUUUUGAGCCUUUUUUUGGGUGAUUGUUUUGUAGGGUUUAUGGUCUGUAAGAAUAUGGAUCUGAUUGUGUAUAUCAUUUUCAUCCAAAAAAGGACUAAAACUUGUGCAAUUAAUAAUGAAAUGACCAUUUAGAAGUUUGCCUUUAUAUAUUGUGGCUUAUCAAAUGUUUUGCAAUGAAUCGUCAUUCUUUGUGGCUGUAAUAUUUCUAGGAAUUUAUCCCUUCGCUCGGUCUCUUUAUUUUCUGAAAAGCAAUCCUUACAAGCUUAUACUGUGGCUCUCAAUCAGUUGUCUGUUUAAUUCCAUUAUAAAGUGCAUGUAUGAAACUGGAUUUAAAUUGUGUUGCAGGUUACGUUUGUAGGCCUUUCCAGGGAAUCAGGACCUGCGCAUCUUCAGGUAGGUGCUUCUAAAUAGCUGUAUAAACUUACCUCCCAACAUUGCAAAUGGCUAAAGAGGAACUUGCGGUAAAGAGGUGUCACUGUAAGUGUGGUCUGGGGGACGGACUUUUACUAGCACAUUUCAGGUAACUGCAUGACAAUCAUUAAUGUAAAUGAAAAUGUAAUUUAGAGCAAUACCAAAAUCUUGUCUUAUCCUAAAUACACUUCUUGUAAUUUAAAGACGCAUGACUGUGAAUUAUAUUGCAGCCUGUUACACACUCAGACCAAACAUAUGGAGCACCUAGAAAAAAGGGACAUUUGGACAGAAACGAGGGACAGAAGGAUUCGGACCCCAAAUAGUUAAUGCCCAUCCUAAAAAAAGGGAGAUGCUGAAGGUGUGUAAAUAACACCUCUCUGAAUACACUCGAGUAAACCUGCCUUAAUGUUUUGUCAUAGCAUUUUUUAACCAGACUAAAAAAAAAAAAAAAAAGAUUUAUGUAUAUUUGCUCUGCUGAUAAUGAGAUACUUAAACAGAACAUUUAAUAGUUCUUACAGUAUCAUGGGCAAUUAUAAUGCUUAGAUCUUCACACAAGUGUUGAUAUGGUCUUUAUUAGGCUAGGGGUCAAACAGUUUUUAUAUUUCCAAGGCAUGUUUGCCAGCAGAUCACAAAUUUACAAGAAGACUUGAACUUUUUGUGCUCUAACAGAUAACAUCUAUUGCAUGUUUUGUUUUUUUGCCCAUUGGUUUCUGCGGUAGAAAGUUCUUGCAUUCAGAGCGUCUUACAAGUUAUAAUGUAUGUUUACAGAUCACAAACUACUUUAUGCAUUCAUCAAAGUCUUUUUCCCCUUCCCCAUCCCAACCUCCCCCCCGCACAUUAACAUCAUUAACCUGUUUUCUUUAUUUCACUUUAUAUUUUACAUAGGGAUUAGCGUCUUUUCACAUGGAUAUACCUGAACUGAUUCAGUCACUACACCUCUGUAAUCUAAGUGAAAAUGAAGUUAUUUUGCUGAAAGAGAGCAAGGCACCCUCUAAAUCAUGUGGGCCACAGGUAACAAAACAUAACAUUUAAACAUCUAUAUUUCCCACGCCCAUCCCUUGUAAUGGGUGUGUACAAGUGCAUAUAAAUGUACAUUCUUGAAAUGUAUUUCUGUGGUUAGUGGCACCUCCACCAUAACCUUAAGUAGUACUGUAUUUAGCUGCACAUCAGACGAGGCAUAAAACAAUUUGGAAGAGCAUGGUUACACUUCACUUCCUCCAUUGCUUAGGAAAGAGGGAACCAGCCAGGUACUUGAUCCAGCACUUUACAAAUGGACUCUACGGAAGCCACACACCUGCAUGGCAAAGUUGUGCAGCUAAGAUGGUGGCUAAUAUAUGCAUACUAUUGAUUUUUGUGUGUAUCUGUGUUUGUUUAGCAAUAUACAUCUAUAUGCAUGUCUAGGGGGUGUGGAAAUUUUUAAAAAAUAAGAAGAAAUGUGCUUGUAUAAGAGACUCCAGCUAGACCAAUCUACAUGUCCGUCACGACAAUCUACUUGUCUUGACACACAAAAUUUAUGUCCGAUUGGGGCACCGUUUUUGCAAAUUAAAUCCAGUUGGAUGAAUGGAGACAAAAAAGCUGAACUGAGAAAAUUAUCCACCUCAGCUCUCGUUGCAACCUUUUUACCUUGUUUCCAUUCAGACUUAAUUUGUGACAAUUUGGUGUUUAGUAAAUAUUUCUGAGUAUCACAGGACCUGCUUUCUCCCACCAUAGUGUGUGGUGCAUGCCAGAUCUAUGUAGUGAGUUGGUGAUUUGAGCCAGCUGUGCGUAUUUUGUGUUUAUUGUGCACCUUGUGUGUGAAUGCUGGCUUUGUGUAGUGUGUGUAAUGUCUUCUUGCUGUUUGUGUGAUUGCUUGCUGGCUGUGUAUAAUGUGCUGUCUCCCCCUUCUAAGCCUUCUGCAGGUAGGGGGUACUAUGGUCCUUUGGGGGUUAAACUACCUGGUGGUUGAGGGGGGCAGUUUGCGGUCUGCAUCUCCAGCAGGUGGAGACCACAAAAAUAAUUUUCUUGCGAUCCAGCAUGCGGUGUGUCGAAGCACAACUACCGGAAUUCCCAGCUUGCUCCUUGACACAUUAGUAAGCAGAUUACUGUAGUUUGCAUGCACCUGAGGUGCAUUCCAUGUGCUCUCUGCCAUUGUCCUCCCUGCAGUCCUGUUACUGGCCCGACACUUAAGUCUUCAUAUCUCGGGCACUGGGAGAUCAUAGAUUUCACAUUUCUGAUGUCUGCAAAUUCGUGUUUCUGUAAUUGUUUGUGAAUGCUUGUGUGUAUCUGUUAAUGUCUGGUGUAACGGAUCACCUGGCACCCUGACUGGGUACCUCCGUUAAAGGAUGCUCCUAGCGUUUCCUGAUGACUCCAAGCACUCUGGCAGACACCACAAUCACUGAACCGGAGAAGCGUAUACCUUCUCUCAAGCAUAUGAAUGCUAUAAACAGCUGGAUAGGCAAAAACCAUACGGAUGGGUUUAGACUCCUAGCAGUCAAACUGGAACAGCAUACAAUAAAUCCUUCCCCAAUAAUGAGACGACACUUCACUUUGAGGGUUAAGCAGGAACUGCAGAUUUAUUCACACGACCUCCUUUUAAGACAUUGUCCCAUGCAAGGGAGGGAUCCACAACAAUUAGUACCCCAGCCAAUAAUGUACCAGUUACCUCCCACACAUCUCCUCCCCUUAGUGUGACACAUAAUCCCAUUAGUACAGACACAAAUUCCCUGGGUUACUGGAUGUACCCCUAAACAUAGGGUUACCCCUUUAAAUGUUACAUCCCCUGGUAGCCCUGAUCUGGGUGAGACACAUAUCCAAAAACCACCCAGAUCGGACCAGGGGUUCGGGAAUUAUGGAGGGUUAAAGUUUUGACCGACUGCAUGGCAAAAGUAUCCGAAAAUAGUUCCAUGUAUUUUGGCCCUGCAGUCGGUCACAGAAAAGGGAAUGAAAACACACGAAUUGCCUGGGUUAUAAAGCCUGGGGAGGGUUUAAACGAAUUCCCUUGUUCGUGGGGUUCUUUCUACCAAACGGCGGGUCAUUUGGUAGUUUCCACACGAAUUCAUGGAAGUCUGGAGGUCUCAGCGGUGUUUGCCUAGUUGAGUGUCCGAUUUUAGUUCCAGACACUCGACGGCAAAACACCGCUGUUCGGGAGUUUAAGAUGGCCGCCGCCACGUGUUCGUUUCCCGAAUGGCGGCCACCCAGAGGACAAAACCACGCAUUACAUCGAUUGCCAAUUACCCGUUUGCAACAUUGUUGCAAACGGUAAUUGGAGGCACUCUUCUUCCUGGGUGGUCUGGUUGUUCGGUAGUUUCACUCAAUAUAAUGAAUGGAGUGAUUCUACCGAACAAUCAGGGGAAUUCUGCAUACACAUAUACAAUUUAGCCGAACACACAGAAACAUACAUAAUAUAAAAGACAUCCUUACUGUAAUCUGCUACCAAGUCUUAAAGGGGUAUUGUUCCUAAAAGUCAUAAUAUGUCCCCGGAUGGCCCUUAAAGGGCCAGUAGCAGCAAUAUAAAAUAUCACAUGCCCAAAUAUUGCAUUAAAAGUACAAAUUUACCAGGGGCCAUAGUCAGCAGGUAGGAGGCGGGCAGCCAGGCCUCUCCAAUGUCCAGUGGCAAGGCGGGUUCUGCCACAUCUGGUAAUAUGUGUUUGCAUGUGUGUGUCUGGAGGGCCCCUCAAUGUCCAAUGGCAGCACUGUGUGUUAACUGCUGUGCUGUAAGUAGAGUAAUUACUGUCCUAUUCUGUUUUACCCAGGACUGGUGGUGAGAGCAUUGUGUGUGUCUUACAUAUACAUUUAUGAUGGUAACCUGAGUGUUAUUGGGAUUAAACUUUACGUUAGUUGACAUAAAUGUCAUUCAGUUUUCAGUGCGCUACAAGUUUUUAAUAGUUUUUUUUCUUUUAAUAUGAAAAUGAAAACCUGUUUAGCAGAAGAAAAUAGACAAAGGGGAAGUUAUUUAAACAUAACUAUCCCUCCUUGGCACACAGCUUUCUCUCUGUAAAUGCUCGCAGUUUCACUUCCUAGACUUUUUUUUUUUUUUUUUUUUACUCGCUUCAUAAUUUGUUGUUAUUAUUAGCAUUUAUAUAGCAUCCACAUAUUGUGUAGCAUUUUACAGUUAGUAAUUUAUGGAAUAUAACUGGGACAAGAGGAGAACGAGGUUAGGAGAAGGGGUAAAGACACACGAGAAAUAACACCGUGUCAGAUGGAGUAGAGGUUGAUGGAUAAAUUGCCUGUAUUGAAAUAAACUAGUAAAAAUGGUGUGUUGAAGAAACUGAAUAGUGACAGGAGAGAGUGAGCUUGACUAUGGAGAUGAGGGAAGCAUAACCCAGGAAGAUGGUGAUCUUUCCUAAAGAGGUGUGUUUUCAGUGACUUCUUGAAAUGACUGGCGGCUAGGGGAGAGUCUGAUGGCAAUCAUUGAGGAGUAUAGUAUAUGCAUCAUCCUGCAAAGUGAUUAAUAUGACUUGUAUAUGGCACAGAUCUUUUUAUGCACAUAAAUGACUUUGGCAUCUGAAAUUCAGCUGUAAAUGACGAAGAGCUAAAAUCAGUGGGUAGUCCCCACUAAAGAGUGACAACUUUAUGGUAACAUUUUAUGUUUUUUUUUUAUUAUUUUUUUUAUGGUUUGUUUUUAUUUCUCAUUUAUUUUGUUCUUGCAAAUUGAAAUGUUACCUUAAUACUGAAAUAAAAUAUAUUAAUUAUCUUCAAGAAUCAGAGGUUUAUUAACUGAUUUUAAUCUGGACUAGGUAAUAAAAAAUAAUCACAAUCCAGACAUGAUUCACAAUUUUUUUAAAUCUCCAUCUCUAAGAAAACAUCUGAAUAACGGAAUGUACACUGAAUUAUACCCACUCAGAUACUGCUGAACCUUUGAGAUUUACAAUAUAUUAAUGCAAAUAAAGUUCCAAUCUGGGUGCAGCACAGACUGAAAAAGGCUCUUUGAAGCAUUAUUAUGAUAGUGGCUUCCCAUGCAGUCAUGCUGCCCAUUGCUAUUACUAACCUUUACACCAUCUUCUAUGAGUAAAAUAGGAGAGGCCUCAUCUAUGGGUCCCUCAUUGUUAAUAGUGGGUCUCAAAGACCCCUGCUUAUUUUAUUUGGUUAUUUUCCUAUAGGUGUGUGUACUUUGCAUUUUUGCCUUAUCCUAGAACAGAUCAGAUGUGAAUCCAAUAGGAAUUUGGUAUUAGAUCAAUAUGCAAAGCCUAGCCUAGCAAAUUAAAUUUUGUCUGGUUUACCUUUUAGUAAACAAGCGAAUUGCAAAUACAUUGAGAAAUAUCAGUGAUUUUUAUUUUUUCUUCCCCUCAAGUUUUUGUUAGUCUGGAGUCCAUUCACACAUUGGUGAAUAACCCUGUGAGUGUUGUGGGGUUGCUUAAAUAUAGUAUGCAUUUUCUGGUAUUAAAAUUGAAUGUCAGAUUAAAGGCCAGAACAGCUGAAAUGAAAAUCUAACUGAAUUGAAAAACUUUAAAAAAUUUAUUGGAUUCUUUUGGCCUAAAACUUGAAAUUCAUUUUGAAUUGCCUGCAGUUUACUCUUCAGUAAGUUUGUAUGGCUUGCUCAGAUAAGCUCAGGUACAGUUGGCAACUAACGUUACUGGAUUGGUGGUGAUUGGGACUCCUGCCAAGUACAGCUUGCAACCUGAAUCGAAAGGAUUUAAGAAAUCUAGCACUGUCUUGAUACCAGUCUCUUUUUUUUUUUUUUUUUAACCACACCGUUUGUUGAAGUCUUCGUUUUUUUUUUUGUGUGUGUGUUUUUAAUUAAAUGCAGUAUAUACCUUGGAUUUGCCUAAUAAAAAUAAAUAUACUUUAGAUUUCCACUUUCUUUCCUGAACUAUUAUUUGUGGAAAUGCAGAGAUUUGCAAUUUGUAGUCCAAUAAAACCAAACCAGAGAAAAAUCUCCAUCCAUUUUUUUCCAACCCUACCAUUCUAGCCAUUUGCCUGAUAAAAUUCUUUAAAUCUUCAGGUUUAGUGAAUGACUACAUCAAUCUUUACAUUUGUAGAUAAUGUUAAUGUACAAGAAUUAUUAAAGGUGAAAAACCCAAACAAUGUGAAAGUGUAGCACUUAAUAGUUUAGUUUGCUUACUCCUGUAUUAAUUGGGAUGUAUAUUCUCAUACAACAUGUAAAAAUGUAAAACAAAAGAAUAUAUACUAUAGUGCAAUACUGUAUUUAUAAAUGAUAUAACGAGUGCAAAUUUGAUUUGAGGUGUUGCACUCACCUGUGAAGGAGCCUAGAAAGAUUAUUUUUACUGUUAGACUUCUGUGCCUUCUAGGUAACACGCCACCUUUCUUUUCAACUCCCACCACACAGUUCUCAAGAGCAAACAAGAGAACUAACCAAUGUUGGUGUAGUAUAGUCAGUAUGGACAUUAAAAACACAACUUGAAAUGGUAGAUAUUUUCUCACCUCCCAAGAAGCCUACAUAUGCCCGGCUCUAGGUAACAGCAUGUUAUCCAUACCAAAAAUACUACUCUAGUUGUAUCUUGUUUAAUCUUAGAACUGCGCAGUGGGAGUUGAGAAGAAAGGUGGUGUGCCACCUAAAUGGCACAGCUACCUAAUUAUUUCCCUGUUAACACAGCAUUACAUGAUUGUUUUACAUGUGUGAGAAUAUACACUCCAGUUAAUAGUUUGGGCGACUUACCCCUAUGUUCGGUGUUCCGUGUUCACAUUGGGUUCUUCAUUCUUUUUGCAUGGUUUAAUUUGGUGUCCUUUUACAGAAGGAAUAGCUACACGAGUUACCUGUUAGCUGCUUGUUGUAUGCUUUGAAAUUCUGUUGGCGUAAGUGCUUUUAUUCAUCCUUUUUUUCACUAUAAUGUGCAAUAAUAAUUCCUUUCGUUUUCCCUUUAAGAAUUUUCUUCCAGGAGCAGUAUGUAUGAUGACCUCUGCAGCCUCCCCAAACAUAAAAAGCGAUUCUUUAUUUGUUCUGUUGAGCAAAUAUAGAGCAGGCAUACAAUACACAGUGAAGCAGGACUGCUUGAACAGACUCCAUAGAAAGGCAUCAAACAAUGAAGAUGAUGAUACAAACCAGUCAGUAUCUUCAAUAGAGGAUGAUUUUGUUACUGCUUUUGAGCAUUUAGAUGAAGAAGAAUCUUUACCUGCAAAUGAAGAGCAAGGUGAGCUUUCAAUUUAAAUUUUUAAAGAAAUAUUUAAUGCAUGCAAUAUCUGAGGCAGUGUAAUCAAUACACAUGGAACACAAAUGGAACCAUUGCUUACAGAGUCUAUUAAGAUAUUUAUUAAUGACUUCUGUUUUGGUCAGAUAUUUAAUUAUUUAAAUCUUUUUUUUUUUUCUUAACUGUUAAAAUUCAAAACUCUUAUCUUACCAGUCAAACAAUGGCGAUAAUGAGAUUUUACUGUAAGGAUCUACAGUUGGCUCAUCUGUGUUUUAAGCAACACAACUGUGGAGUGUAAUUACUAUAGUGAGUGAUAUACAGAACAGGAAAGGCAUAGAUUUGAUUUAAUGUGAUAGAUUAAGUUGGUUUUAUAGCAAUAGUUCAGCUCUUAUUUCACUAAAAAGUUUUGAAUUUGGCAAUCAUCAAUGACAUUUUCAGCCCAAAAAUAGCUGAAUGUAUUUUUCCAGCACGACUGUUUUCUGUAAAUUUUGAAGAUCAGUUCUCAAUUUACUAAAACUCAUUAUCUACUGAUAAGAUGUCAUUAUUACUUCUGUAGCUCAUGUGUUAUAAAAGUACUUUUAAAAUAAGACCUGAUCGGAUGUGAGUCCACCUGAUGCACAGAGUCCGAAAUCAGUAAAGCAUGGCAGAGUACACUGUGUGUAUAUGCCUAUAGGCAAACUGCUUCUCAAAAACCCUUAGAUAGUUUGUGCUGUAUGGCCUUACUGUGCAAUAGAUUUUUAACUAGAAAAUGCAUAAAACAUAUUUAAAUGUUUAAAAAUCAGCUUGUGAUUUGAAAAUCACUUUUACAGAUCAUGAUUCCAGUCUGCCUCAGGACACACAAACCUUUCCCAGUAUCUACUAAGCAAGAUUGCAAGGUUUUGGUACAUAUUGAAAUCAGGCAAUGUACCUCACAUUACUACAGUUUAGCUUUAGGGAUUGGAGAUAAACAUAAGACAAGUUUGACGACUUGAGUGCAAAUGUUUCCUUGAACCAAAUUAAUCCUGAUGGGAUUGGUUAAAAAAAAAAAAGAAAAGAAAUAUUGAUAUGCCAAUUUCAUCAGUGUUUGGUCUGCAGAAUUGCCUUUUACACAUUUGUAAUAUGUAGUUGUGGUGAUAAUUUGCUGAGGAUAAAAUCAGUCAAAGAGACCCAUGUAUAAUUGUAGUUCCUGGUACACCACCACCAACUCCUCUAACUUCUUUUCUCUUUCUUUUGUCACCCUAGGAUGUGAAAUAACAAGAAAUCAGCGAGAUGCUUCUUCUCAGACACAGCCAGUUCAUUGUCUUGAUAUCACCGGUUCAAAAAUCAUAUUUAGUUCUGUGCGUCGCAGGUCAUCUAUAAAGUCUGCAGUGUUAAUGGGAUUCAUGGGACUUCCAGAUUUGUCAUCCUCUAUUAAGAAUACAGUCACAACAUCAAUAUGCGAUUCCUGGAAACAGAGAAAAAUAUCUGGUCAAGGCAAAAAAUUGUUUUCUCCUUCUCCUGCUGACUCCUCAGAAUCUGACUGCUCCAGUCCAAGUCCAAUUAUCUUCUUAGACGAGGAGGGCUACCAGAAAAGCAUGAGAGCAAAGCUUAAUCUGCCAAAGAUCCCUGUUGGUAAAGAUGGUAUUGAAGAUUCUGAUUCAGAACUAAGUGAAUUUUUUGAUAGCUUUGAUCGAUUUGAUGACACUGAACCAUUUCUAGAAAAAGACUACAAAUCUAACCAGAAACCCAUACUGGCUAGCCCUCCAAAAAAGAAAAAAUGUACACAUGGACACCAAGGUAGGGGUUCUAUGAACCCUCAGAGGUUUAAAUUUGAUCGCCCUAUGCUUUCUGCCAAUGUAAAGAAACCAACUCCUCUUAAACCUGAGUCUCCAUACGGUGGCAUUUGUGAUGUGCCAGAGUCCCCUCGUCCUGUGAAGACAUCUGUAGAGGAUUCUGCCACAUUGUUCAGUCCUAUUAGAUCAUCUGCUUUUAGCCCCCUUAGUAUUUCCACAUCUGCGGAGUGUUUGUAUAAUUUGGAUAGCGCCAGAGAUGCUGGUUCAUGUACAGACAAAUCAUGUACUGCUGCAUAUAGUAACUAUGCAAAUCGUGUAUGUAUUGAAAUGUUUGACUCUGUACUAAAUGCUAAGCCAGCCCUAAAUGUUGGCGUAUCAAAAAAAGGACAAGACAAAGUUAUAAAACUGAAACGUAAAUCCCACACAAGAGAGUACGAGCGAAAACUAAAGUCAAAGCAAAAAACAGCGAAGGGAGGUAUACAAAAAUUUGCUACAGAUCUAGUUGAAAAAAGUUUGGGUAGUGCUUUCAAAGAUCUCCAAAAAGGUGUUUCAUCAUGUACAAGUGCGCUUUGCCAUUUGGCUGCUAGACUAACAUCAUAUGUUUUUCAAAUGGCUUUCUAUGAAAUUGGAAGAAGACAAGCCUUUUCAAUAAAGCAACGUGCUAUCAAUGGACUGGCAAAUCUAAUGGUGAGUGAAGUAAUUUCCAGCGCUUUACAAGAACUUCGUUACAUAAAGAAGCAGAUGGUAACCAACGCAGUCACGCGAUUUGCUGCAGACCUGGCUGAGGAACUUGUUUUUGAAGGGAUCAUGGAAGUCUGUCAGUUUUCACACCCACCCACCCCAACUGUUGCCCCUUUGCAGGCUUUUGACUAUGAAGAUGUAGUUGUGCGUUCCUACGCAAAAGAUUUAUCAGAAUCUGUAAUUCAGGAAGCAUUCAUUGAAUUAUCCCAAGUGAAUGUAACCUUUACCACUCAAGCAGCAAUCAGUGUUUCCUUGGACAGCCUGAAAUAUGUAAGUUCUGAAGGCCUGAUGCAGUCAACACAGACCUCUGUAGCAUUCCCCAGUCUACAUGACAGAAUUCAAGGUCCACUGACUGCUGAACAGGAGAGCAAAAAAGAUUACACCCUGCAGUAUGCCUUGUUUUUUACAUCUGGUCUUGUCAGUUCCGUUCCAGUACCUGUUGCUGCCCAAAUCCUAAGCCAGCAACCGACAACAAAUGGUUUCACAAAUGAAAAUACGGACCUUUCAGGGAGUGAUGACAUAUGUGUUGAUAAUGUAGAAAACUAUGUUAUUUCCACAAAAGGAAUGAGUGAAUUUGCAUCUGCUAAAAGUUUACCACCCAACUAUAAAUAUAACAUUUAUAGUGACCAACAUGAGUCACAAGAUCUGAAAUUCACACAAAGAAUGGAAGGAUCUGAAGGCUUAAAGGCAUUUUCUGUAACUAUGGUAGAUAGGAUAGUAAGUGAAGUUUACAAUGGUGUAUCUUCUGACAAGGGAAAAAAAUCGGAAGAUUAUGCUGAGUUGUUAUCAAAACAAGUUCUUGGAAUUCCUGGUCAGAAUCACUUAUUAGAUGAAGAAGCUUUGAAUAAUUAUUUUGCAGAUGAUUUGGCCACGUGUAUAUUGGAACACUCAGUUGGUGAAGCAGUGGACACAGGUUCAAAAAAAUGGGAUGCAGCUUGUGAUUUGCCAUUCACUUUUACAGACCAUGACUCCUGUCUCCCUCAGGACACGAAGAUACUUAAACAUUCCCCAGUAUCUACUGAGCAAGAUUGCCUGAUUUCAAUGUGUACCAAAUCCUUGCAAUAUACCCCACGUUACUGCAAGUUAGCUGUGGGGAUUGGAGAUAAACAUCCCACAAGCAUGACUACUUUGAGUGCAAAUGUUUCCUUGAACCAAAUGAAUCCUGAAGGGAUUGGUUCAAAAAGAAACCAUCAAAAUGCUGAUAUGCCAAUUUCAUCAGUGUUUGGUCUGCAGAAUUGCCUUUCGCACAUCAAUAGCUUCUCCUCUGUAAUGUGUAGUUGUGGUGAUAACUCAUUUGCUGAGGAUAAAAUCAGUCAAAGAGACCCAAGUGUAACUGUAGUUCCUGGUACACCACCACCAACUCCUCUAACAUCUUACGAUGUAAGCCCAGAGAGGAAUAUGAAAAAACUUAAUAAGAAACUUAAAGGACAUCUAGCAAAAGAGUUUUAUCCAGCUACACCACCCUCUACACCUCACCUCUCUGGUUUCGAACAUGAUUGUACAAAGAAGGAUGACUUCAUGCUCAAAUUGAUGAGGUCACUGUCAGAAGAAGUCGAAAGUUCCAGUGCUGAUGAAAGUUCUGAAGAUACAACCCAAGAGUUUGAGAUUUCUGAAGAAACCUUCCAAUAUGCAGACUACCUCUCUACCAAUAUCAUAUCUGUCGCCACUGAAAUGGCUGCUUAUUCUUUAGACGAUGAGUAUGUCCAUAGACCCGCUAUUAGGAACAGGUCACUCUUAAGUGUCUUGAGCGAUAAAUGGGGGUACCCUGCAUACAUGAGAAAUAUCUCAGAGGAAUCAUUAGAUACCCUAUAUAAAUAUGCAGGUGGGAUUGUUGGUGAGGUCUUUACUGAUGCUAAGAAAGCAAUGGGUAAGGGUCUGAAAACACAGAAGAAAAUAUUAAAUCGUGAUGCGAAUUGGUGUAACUCUAGAAAGCAGAAUAGAGAUUGUAGGCCAAAAGAUAGAGGUUAUUCCAUUAUAUUUAAAGCCUCAGAUCCCACCACACUCUCUCUGCCUCUAUAUCAUGAAGUUCCUGGUCUAACAUCAAAAUACCCAAGCUGUGAAAGUGUAACAGAAGAGUAUGCUGACCAUAUAAUACGCGUGCUAAAAAUGGAAGGGGGGAAUAGUGAAUUAAUACUAGAUCAAUAUGCCAGCAGAUUAGUUUAUGGGGCGAUAAAGUCUGGACUACAACAAGCAUCAAAGUCUGUAAAACUCAAAUCUAAUCGGAAAACUGUUCCUAGAAUGAAACCCAGUGUGAAUACAACACAGGAAAUCCUAACUCUUCUAAACAGGACCCACAAUGCGGAAAGAGACAAACUCAGAAGAAGUAGCAUUCAUCACUAUCAUAGUGAAGAGCCGUCUGUACGUGGAAGAGCUGCAAGAAGAUCAAAAUUUACAGGCCUACUUCAUUUUGCAGAAUCACUUGCUCACACCAUAACUUGUGAUGUCCAGAAAAAGUUAAACAUGUCAGCUGCCUCUCUUCCCAAAUCUCUGACUGAUUCCUGUCUCUACACAAAGUCAAAAAUCAACGAUAUGUCUAGCGAUCUUGUUAAAACAUCCUUUCCAAAAACUCUUAUUCCUUUUGCACAUAAACACAAACUAUAUCACAGCACAGGUAGCCUAAACGAAAAUGGUUUUAGCGACGGUAUUAUUCAAGCUAUUGAACAAUAUGCGUGCAAAGUUGUUGAUAGCACUUUAGAAUUUAGCAUAGAAGCGGCAAGACUACAAGCGAUUGAAAGGAAGAAAAAACAAGAUAAAGGUCCAUGCGUUGGAAAACUUGUACAUUCAUAUGGUACUGCUUGUAGGCUCUGCAGUGUAACGGAACAACCAGGUUUACAAGCAUCUUCAUGUCACUUCUUGUUAGGGCAUGAUGUCUCCCGAAAAAUAAAACAAUGUUCAAAGUCUAGACACAACCCUUGUCAAAAGCCAAGGCUUUUCCACCUUAAUAUACCGAAAAUUCAUAUUGACCUGGAUAAGAGAGCUGAAUUUGCAGAAAAAAUUGUUAGUGCUGCAAUUGAGAAAGCAGAACGUGAACUAAGUAACACAAGUCUGGCGGCUGAUAGUGGCAUUGGGCAAGAUGGGACAAGCUUUGCAGACAGCCUUACCACUGAAAUCAUGAUGUCCGCUAUGAAGAAUAUUGGCCAUGUAGUUAACAUAAGGUACACAUUCAAAGCAGCAUAAACAUGUUUUGUGGGACCGGGAUUUAUUUACUCUUUAUUAGUUUCUUGUAAAUAUUCAUUAUGUGUGUGUGUUUAGAAAAAAGUUAUAUAAUAUUACAAAACAGAUGGAAAAUUACUGGAAAAUAUUGGCUUUACAGACCGUCACUUUGGGCUCUAGUUAAACAUCAGUAUUUUUCAGUUUAAUUUGACUGUUCUUUGGAAUUUAUUCCCUGUGGCAGUGUUAUUUUUUUGUUUUUGUUUGGUUUUUUGUUUAUUGUAAGCUUUCUGCAGUGACCGACCUCGUGGGUUGGGAGGAGAACCUGCAUUGAAAACAGGAUUUGCUACAAUUACCAUUGUAGUAGGCCAAGGAACCAGUAGCUUUGAUUGCAUUAUUGGUGGCCUUACAAGACAGUGUAGGAGUACUGAGCACAGAUAAAGAGGUAUAUAGACUGACUAGUGUUGAAACUAUUGAGAAAGGAGGCAGCAAUCAAAGGAAAUUGUAAAUUAGUAUUGCUAACCUUAACAAUCCAUGUCAAUGUAGAACUACAUUUUAACAAUAGUGCUGACAUUCUUGUAGUGCUCUGUUCCAGUAUCCAAACUAUGACAGCUCCUCUUCUUUAUUCCCCCUUAACUCUAUAUAUGUGAAUGUCUAGAGAGCAUGCAUCUCAAACUAUUAACCCUCCCAGAUGUUGCUGAACUACAACUCACAUGAUUCUCUACCAUCUUUUCCAUUCAAACAGUAAUGGGAUUUGUAGGCCAUCAACAUGGUCGGCCACAUUUGAGAUACCCGCUAUACAGGUUACAAUACUCUGAACUGCCUAUUAGGAAUAUAAAGCCAUUCAGGUGUCCUGGAGACUUCAUGAAUGUCUACAGGACAUCUGAAAUGGCAUUAUUUUCCCUUAUCCAACUCUGGGAAUGGACUGGAAUACUAAUAAUUAUUAUAAUUUUGUUAGGAGGAGAUUUCCUAAUCUAAGGACAAGACCUGUAUUUACAUGUCUGUGAUUGGUGGGAGUUACUUGCAGCCAUUACAGUAGAGCUGCAGCGACACAUUCAUGUUUUCUUCGGUCUCCUCUGCUCCUUCUACCAUAUCAUUAUCAGGAAAGGGUUAAAUUAAUAUGGUAGCAGCUACUUACUUUGAGUGUAACUAUGACUUACCUUAGGCAUACCCGGCCCUGUCCUCAGAUUAGGGGUUCUCGUGCAGCAAGGUGUCAGUCAGACAUAGCAAAAUGGAUAACAAUGGAUAACAAUGCACAGAUGUGGUCACCCACCAUGGAGUACAGGGCUUGCAAACCUGAUCUGUCUGUUGGAAUAACCGUUGGAUCAUGUGAAAUGUACACCUCAUGCAUGUAUGGGAAAACUUCACAAAAUCCAGAUUGAAUUUCUUUUGCGUUCUUGUAGGCAUGUAAGAACUUCCAUUGUUUCAAAAGUGUACCAGUAAUGCUUUGUAUUUAAAAUAAUACAUUUUUGUUGCUCAACAGUAGGACAAUAAUGAAAUAGUUGAACAAGAUUGUAUGAACUAAAAUAGUUUUAUGUGGGCAAAUAAUGUCUAUUUUAUAUUGAUUAGUUUUUAACCAGCAGGGUGUUCCUUAUCCUUUUGUAUUUUUGUUUUAGUUCUAAUGGCAAAGAUGGAUUUCAGUCGGCCGACUCCAUCACCAGUCAGCAGACCAGCGUCAGCAUUGGUGAUGACAGCACUGGUAGUUGGUCCAAUUUGAGCUUUGAAGAUGACCACCAAGAUGAAAGCAGCAGCUUUCUGCACCUUAGUGACAGGUAUGUUUAACUCAAAAUUUCCACUCGCCCUCUAACCCUUGUUGAAUGGAAAUUCAGCUAUAUCAGGUGGGCUAUGACAUCCACUGCCUGUGAGAAUAAUUGGUGCUGUUUGUGUAGCUAAAAAUAUUUUCUCUCUCUCGCGCUAUAUAAUUACUUAUUGAUAUAUUAUCUGUGUAGCUGUAAAUACUACAAAACUUGAGUGUGCAAGUCAUUAUGGUCAGGGUGUACGCCUCUGUCCUGUCCAUUUCCAAAGGUCACAAUAAAGGGAUAUGUUUGCAUUAAUGAAUAGCUUUUCUACCUGGCUAAUGGCAUAUAACUUGAAAUUUUGAGCCCUGUAAAUUAUUAAUCUUAUUGCCAGUGUGUGCAUGAUCAGAUGCAAUCAUGUAUGUAGCCACAUCACUGAAAGCCCAAUCGAUCCUGAGACCUGUAGGUUUGUUCUGGUUGUAUUUAUUCUGGGGAGUAUAAUAAGUCAUUUUAGGCUUUUUGCAGUAAACAUUGUUUGUUUUUUGGGGUUUUUUUGCGGCUUUUUUCCAGAGAAAAGGCAGUGUUUACAUUACAGCCUUUGGAUACCUCCACUGGUCACUCCUCAGAUUGCUACCAGAGGUGUUUCCCGAGGCAGUGUUGCAGAGUGUAGCACUGCCAUUCAGUGUCUCCACCCUCUGCAUGGAGUCACUGAAGUUUGAUGCUGAUUGGCUAGGGCUGUGUUUCACUUGUGCUGGCUCUGCCACUGAUCUGCCUCCUUGACAAUCUUGGCCAAUCCUGUGGGAAAACGUGAUUGGCUUUUGUUCAACACUUCUGAUGAUGUCAGCCAAGCAGGCGGGUUGUGGGCAGAGCCAGCAGCAGACUGGAAUACAAGUACGAUUUUACUACAUUUAUGGGAGUAAUGGGUGCUAGAUGGUGACUUUAACACUGUAGGGUCAUUAAUACAUGUUUGUCUUCCUGACCAUGUUUGUGUUCCUUUAAAUGGGACAAUGCAGGCAACUGAGCCGCACAUUAAUGUGUGCCACACAAAAAAAUGGAUAUCUCAGAAUGCCAGGCUAUCCUAUGUCCGCUUUAGUAUCUGCAGUAUCCAUAAAAAAAUGUCUGAAAUAUUUGAGCCAAUAGGUGCUCUCACCCCUGAAAUAAAUGGGUGAAAGACUUCAAUGUUUUGUAAAAAGGGUAGUUUUGUAUGUAUGUAUGUAUGUAUGUAUCUUUCGUCGGAGAAAAUGCUUAAAGGGAUGUUUAGUCUGUGUCUAUUGAUAUGAAUAUACAAAGUGUAUGUGUACUAAAUAUCCAGCAGAGGGAACUCUUGUCACUCUAUUUCCAUUCCUGUUUUAAGUGACAGAAACUGACAAAAAUUCUCUGCAGAGUUUUCAAGUGAGAUGUUGGUGUUAGAAUAUUUUGCCCUUUUGACCCUAUUAUUGUAAAUGCCUACUUUGAAAAUGUGUUCUAUAGCUCCGUAUAUCAUUAACUCACUAACUGCUGUAUCGUCUAAAAAUCAGUUCAAAUCAUUUUUUUUUCUCUCAGUACAUUGCUAUGUUUAUAGGAUUAUUUUUUCUUUUAAUGUUUUUUGUUUUUGUUUUUUUAAACAAACUGAGGUUGUUCUUCAAUAUUGUCUUCUUCUGGUAGUAAUGGUAACAGCAGUAGCUGGAGCAGUUUGGGAGUAGAAGGUGACAUGUUUGAAGAAAAUAUAUCCUUCCCACCAUCAGACAGGUUAGUUUAGCUUCAGGGCUGUACUAGGUCUAAUGCAUGCAAAUAGGCUCAUUGUUGCAUGCUAUGCAUGGAGUGGGACUUCUAAUUCGGAUUAUGCAUGCUUGAUCAAUAUAUACUUUUUGAGUUUCCAGAAAGAAAAUCUAUAAAUGUGAUCUUGACAAUCUUUUUGUUUAUUAACCUAAUUUCCAAACACAUCUUUGCUCUUUGUGCGAUUUGUAUAUUUAUCACGAUUACUUAUAACUUUUUUUUCUUUUUAAUCCCAAAAUACACACUGACCUGUAAAAGAACAACAUAUAUGUUCUAAUUAAAGCAAGUGUGCAAACACAUAAGAGAGUGUGCCCACUUUCACAUUGUUAAAAAAUAAUAAUGUAGAUUUCAAGACAAAUCAGCACUUUUAUAAAAACGCUAAGUUGUCCCUUGCCUGCUGUCCAUCAGACAGCCAGGAGGAUGAUCUUCCUUUGCGCUGGGGCAAGAGGCAGAAUGCAUUGUUUCUCUUUUCGCUGUGCAUAUACCCUGUCUUCCAAUGCUUCUGUAUGAGAAGCAUUGGAUUGGCCAGAUCAUCAUACGUUCUGAUGAUAUCCUGGCAGGCAGGACAGAGCUGCAAUGUGGAACCAUCUCUCCACUAGUAUACAGGUAAGGUAACCCUUUAUUUUACAGCUUGGGUAAGCUCUGGGACUAAACUCACUAGUUAGAAAAUGUAACCUCUUUAAUAGCAAAGGGUAACGCUGCUCUGCUGUCCUUCCCCUGAGAGUGAAGUGAUUCAGUGCUGUAGAUAUUUACUGUGGCAGGCCCUGAAUCCUCCCAGCUUCUGAUCAGUUCCUUAUCACUUCCUCCUAAAAUGUCUACAGAGGAAACUUCCUGUCACCCUCUCCACAUGGAUCUUGUCAGCAGAGUGAGAAAGAGAGUGUGAGGACUAAACUGAGCAUCUUGGGAAACUGAAUGUGAUAGGCUAAGUUGGAAGCUGGGCUUGUUAGAUGCAUGGACCUCAAGAUAAAGAAGGGGACAUAAUGUUGGAGAAAAUUAUUAAGUGAGUUGAUAAACCCCUUAAGGACCAAACUUCUGGAAUAAAAGGGCAUCAUGACAUGUCACACAUGUCAUGUGUCCUUAAGGGGUUAAAGAGGGUGAUUUUGGAUUAGGGAGAAAUAAUGUUGGAGGUGGAAUGCUUGAGGGGGCAGGGGUGGUGUUGAAUGGGGAACAUGGUUUUAUGAGUCACUGGGAUUACAAGGACCCAUGAUCAAAGAAUGUCAGGGAAGGUAAAACUUAAUGAUUACCACAGUAAGCUCUUGCAUUUACACAUUGCAUGCUUUCUCACGCUAUAUAAAUGGCCUGGCACACUGGGGAAGAUUUGUGUUCUGUUCUAAAACGUGGUGUAAAGUACUAAAAGUGGGAAAGCCAUGGAAACCAGGGGACAUUCCAUUUGUGACAUCUUCCUUUUUACAUUUUUGCAGCACUUUUUACAACUGAACACUUUGAUAGAUUCCCCCCAUUGCACUCUUGUUUAAUCACUCUUACAUUGAUGCAGCCCAACACUACAAACAUGCCUUGCCUGACACGCUGCCUGUAUGCAUUCUCACUAUAUCAAUCCAUGCAGUCACACAAUACCACAUACAUGGCAAUUACAUGCAUGCAUUCUCAUAAUUUAAUUCAUAUAUGCAUGCAAGAACCGAUUUGCUUCACAUUCAAACUGUGCAGUGAAAACCUUUAUUUAUUUAUUUUUUUAAUGAAUAUAUUGUAGGGAGAGGAAUGGAACAUAUCAGAACAUUCUGUGCCUACAGGCACCUGACAGGUAAAUCCAGCCCUGCUAGACGUGCUGUGUGGUUAAUAGGUAGAACUUAUUUGACCAAGGUCAUUUUUAAGAGAUUUAGUCAUACAAAGUCAUGGUUACAGGUUGUUAGACCUGACAAAUGUUCAUCUGUCCAUUAUUCUAAGUAAAUCACUAGCAAAUCUAGUGAUUAAAUGUUAGGUAGCAGAAAAAAAAUCUCAAAUGGGAAUUUUGCAAAAAGAAAGCUGGACAGACAUCACUUGUUUUAUGUAUAGUGUUUUCUUGUUUUUGGGUAGACACUAAAGUAUAAUUUUUUUUAUUUUUUUUUAAGUAGAUUUUUGCAGCAUGUUUCUCUACUAGCUGUUUAAAUAGAAAUGUUUUGGGAAAAACUACCUCAUAUUUUGUAAUCUCAAAGUUAUUAAAAUACAGUGCAAAAUACUAUGAAAAUAAGGAAAAUGUAGCCAUACUGUAAUUUUCUUUUCCUGGCUAUAGUCAUGGUAGUAUCACAUUAUGGUUGGUUCUGCCCACUUGGCUGUUUAGGAUGGGCAAUAUAAACUAUAAAUACCAUUCCUACCAGAUGGGAUCUCCAGUCUAUGUUCCACUCUCCAAAAAAAAUAUAUAAGGGAUGGAUGCAUGGAUAUGUCCAGGCAAAGAAAAUUACGGUAAAUAUGGUUAAAUUUUCCUUAUCCCUGGCUAAUCAACGGCAGCAUCACAAUCGGGUAAUACCCACCCUAAACACCUGAUGGGAGGAAUAAAAAAAAGAAACCACAAAUAUAUGCAAAAUCAGAAAGGAAAAACCCACCUCUGUAUUGUAGAAUUUAUGGAAAAUUUCCUAUAUGGACAGUAAGGAUCUUCUAACAGAGUAUAUAAAUCGUGGGAUAGGUGAAUAGUAAACAAAAUAUCUGUUACAGCUAGAACUAUAGCUAUUAAACAGAACUGAACAUUAAUUAAUUUAAAAAAAGCAGGAGAUGCAGACCAUGAUAACCAGGUUAAGAAUUAAUCUCGCCAUAUCACUCUCUGUAAGCAAAAUGUCAAGUUAUUACACGGACAUCCUCCACCCAGUCACAGACAACUGCAGAAGGUAUCCAAAGAUGGUGUUCAAUAGAGGUAAUGGGAGAAGGAUUAGAAAAUAAAAUACUAAUCUUAUGAAGUUAUAAGUUUGUAGUUAACAUAUUACAUAUUUUUGGUCUCAAAAUAUUUAAGCAAGGACAGUAUGAGAAUUAAUCCUCUAAACCAAAGAAAAUGCAACCUGUGUGAUAAGUUCAAUAGCGGUAACGUGUAAAAUGGUAAUAGAGCAGUGACCAAAAGAGAGUGAAGAAAUCAGAUGAAACCGGAAUAGAUUGAAGCCUGAGAUCACCUAUAGUGGGUAAUGAAACUGUUAAAUCUCCAUGCGACUGGAACUGAACUUCCCUAAAAGAGUAUGACUGCUCAAAUUAAAACUUUCCUUCUGUGUUUGAGAUUAUACAGUAAUAUUACAGUAACAUAGUAUUGUAAUAGGUACGAGAUGAUAUAGAUAGUGACAGUUUAAAACUAUGAGAAGAUAAUUAAAAACAAUGGUAAAAUGUAAUGGUGUGAGACAUAAAUCUCAUUAUUACAAACACUAACCGUCAAUACUGGUAAAAUAUCACUUUACUUUAUAUAAUAGCAGAUCCUGUGCAGAUUUAUGAUGAGCCUAAUAUCAGAAAAUUAUAUAGACCUUACCAGAGAUGAAAGAACCAGUUUGAGGGUCCAUUAGUGAAAUUUUUUACUCAUCUACAGAGUUGUGGGCAGUAGGAAUGAAACCUAAAUCACAACAUUCCAUGGUGAAAGACAAUACUGAACAGAACUCACAAGGUUGUGCACACAGAGGCCCUGAGAAAUCUUAAAUAAAUGUAUGCCUACGCAAACAGCUACAGAUUACAGUUGGUGACAAAUCACACAGGAGUAUGGAUACCCACAUGAAGGCUUUACUAGAAAAGAUGCAGUUAAAAUAAAUAUCUUAACACAAGGUUCAAAAUUCCCACUUGCCACUAGCGAGUAAAUAUUUAGCCCUGGCAAGGAGAAAUUCACGUCUGGUAAACGUGUCAUUACUUCCAGGCUUGCAGUGGCAAGACUCAUUAAAGGCCUGAAUAGUAGCAUAGGACAGUGUUCCCCAACCCAGUCCUUGUGGACCACCAACAAUCCAGGAUUUAUGUAUUUCCCUGUUUUAUUCCAAUAGAGAUACUGACAAAACCUGGACUGUUGAGGGUUCAUGAGGACUGGAUUGGGGAACACUGGCAUAGGACAUGAAACUUUAGGCCUGUAACUCCCUCAGAACCCAUCACAUUAUUUGUGUCACAAAAUUAACAGAUUUGUGAAACCCUUGUACAUAACUAGUUCAACUUCAAGACAAGACAGUCUUGACAAGAACAUAGACAAAUCAUGACAGUCCUGGUACAUCGUCCAUCAUGAAGGAGUUACAGGUGAAAGGACCCCAAGACUAGUCAUGGAUAUCCAGUUAUUGAAUGUUUCACAACAUAGCCAAGAAGCACAGAUGAUUGUGCCACCUCCCUGCAGAUAAAAAACUACCAGAAGAGAAUCUAAACAAAUAGAAAUUGUGUUACAGUAUAAACUGGUAACCAACACAUACAAUGGUUGAACACCCAGUAUCAACAUUAAGGGGGUAAUGCAAUCAAAAAGCACCUGCAAAUAUCACUAUGAAAAUUCUAAUUCUUAACCCUUUGUGAACCAAAGAGUUGCUGGACAGGUCAAGAAAUAAAAGGUUUCAUAAUAUAUGUGGUGAUGCAUAUUGUGUGGUACACAAGAGGCAAAGGACUAGCAUGCAACCACCAAGGAGAGCACGAAAGUGCAGAUACAAGUAAUCCAUAAUAAAAUACCAUAGCCAAAAAAUUGUCAAAUAAUUAGAAUAUAUUCUCCCUUAAUGCAAAGAUCUUAGCUUCUCCUAAUCAUAAAAAGUGCAAAUUUACAAAUAUGUAAAACAUUCAUAUUUUAGUCUCCCAACUACUGUGCCCAGAAUGAGUAUCAAUAUACACUGGACAAUGUAAUGGAGCCUCCUGUGAAUGAAUAACUACAAAUGUGCAUAACGUGUUUACAAGUCAAUGCCAGACUUAUGAUACACUGCCUGUGUUCAUCAUUACAUUUAACACUUCACCAACCUUUCAGAAUACAUUUUGAGUAGCGUAUUACAAAAUAUACUUGUGCACUUGCCACAAUUCACUUUUUUACCAUUUUUCUUUCUUUAACCCAACAAUAGCUCAAACUUUUACAUAGCAAUUUAAGUCUCUGGGAGCAUCUUACAAAUACUGGGAACAGUGGGACCAAAAGUCAUUUUUUACAGUUAGGGUAAACAGAAAACUGCAAACCACCAUUUUAGCUAUAUCAUGAUGCCUUCCUUCUAGGGCAGGGGUUCCCAACCCGGUCCUCAAGUAUCCCCUACCAGUCCAGGAUUUAGGGAUUACCCUGUUGGGUCUAAAUAAUUUAUUUAACUUUUUUUUUUUCCUUAAAACACUUUAGACACAACAGGGUAAUCCCUAAAUCCUGGACUGGUAGGGGGUAAUUGAGGACAGGGUUGGGCACCACUGUUUUAUGGCAAUUAACAAGGCCCAGUAACACCUGCAGUGCAUCUGAAGCGGCUAAUUAGAUCUGCAAGGAUUUACCCUGAUAACUGGGUGUUGUUUGCUAAAUGCAAUGCACAUGCAAAGGCUUUCUGAUCCAUCAAAAAGGCAUUAUUUUGUAAGUAAAGCCUCAUAAAGGUUUUAUUUCAGAAAGCACUAGGCAUUCAAUUUACACCAGUUUAUGCUGGAUACAAAAGCAGACAAUCUUAGGAGAAUCCCUAACAAAGAUUACCUUCCAUGGAGACCAGGUGCACAUAUCCUUCCACACACUCUUAGAUGCUUGCCUACAUCCUGAAGGCUACAUCGGCCAGUAAUGCAAUGCCAUAUCAUUUCAUUCUCUAAAAAGGGGGUGGGGCAAUGAUUCAAUUGUGUCACUUUUAUCUACAAAGAGGGGAACCUGCCUGGAAAGGAGUGGGUCCAUCUGGGUUAAUGGCAGGUCAUCCUGGCAUGAAUUAACAUUAGACUGCCUGUCCAUCAUGCAAUGAGGAAACAUUUUUGGUGCUCCCUCCAGGGUCGUAGUGCCCUAAUCAUAGCGCAAGCGUCUCUAUUGUUUCGCUUGUGCUAUGAAUGUUUGGGACAGUUCCUUGGUGUUCCCAAAAAUCGUGACUGUCCCCUAGACUUUGGGACGGUUGGGAGAUUAUAUUGAUUAGGAGUGACCAUAAUAAAGGAUAUCUUUGACGGUACCUCUGGAGAAGGUAAUGUUAAUGUGUUUAAGGACACACACGUGUCAGUGGAGUAGUCUGAUAUAGUAUUCAGAACAAGUGGCAAAAUAGAUUUCCAGCCAGGCUUGAAUGAUAUAUAUGCGGAAUCAGACAGGUAGAGAAGUUUGCAGAACCCAGGAUAUCUUCCAUUCUCUGACUUAAUGGACUUAGUAUCAAGCUUGUGGAGAUGCACUGGACUGUAGCAUGCAAGCAGAUACUCUAUAGUCUGUACCUCCAUCAAGACAAGGUGUAUAUAACUUUCCUAGAUGUUCACCAAUGCUAACCUCCUAAAUGUGACCCAUUUGUUAUUUGGAAACCCCAUACUAAAUAACAGGAGUAACUGAAAUAACCAUACUUCUACUAACCAGUAAUCUAUAUCACUCAGGCAAGUGCCUGAAACAUGACAAAAAUAAACUUGACAGAUACUAAUCGUAUUAAAAACCAAUAAAAAAAUGUAAAAUCAAAUACAAAUCGUAUUAAAAACCAAUUGAAAUUGGUAAUCAUAUUAAAACCAAUUAAAAUUAAAACCGAUUUAAAAACUGCUGGCCUGUAUUCCACCAGCAAAGGGGAUUGUGAAGACCUAAUAUGUCUAAUCUAGAGGCAUCUUUGUGCACCCCAUAAACCAUUGUCAUCUCCUUCAGGAGAGAGUUUAGGUCAGACCCCUGGUUUAAAAGGGUUACACCCAGAGAGUCACUUUUAACAGUACUGGGGUUCCUGAGCACAGGAGGAUAGGCAGCAGACCAGUGCCAUCAUUUAACAUCUGUUAAUGCGUGAAAGUAAGAAGGUGACUUCAGAAGCCAUAACCACCUCGUUGAGGUGAAAUGGUUAUGGUGCUGGAGUGAAGUUCUCCCAUAACUGAUUUUGCUUGGUUGCUGCAAUUAACGUAGAGUAGUUUAAUUCUUCUUUUUAUUUUUCAUCAAGUACAUAUCCCAUUAAUACCUGCAGAGCAGUAUAUUUGCAAUAUUCACAGAAUCACAUAUUCUGGGUUCUUUAUUUUCUUGUGUGGACAGUUUUCGUGUUUUAAUUGUUUAAUUUGAAACUUCAUUUUAAGUUGAGUUUACAUUCAAAAGCUCAUUGGUAUCUUUACCUUUUUGUUUUGUGUUUCUGGAGUUGUAAAAUACAUAAAAUGUCACAAAUCUUGAAGAUCAGUGAUUGGAAAAUUUUGUAGGUCUUGUAGUCAAUUUUAGUUUUUCGUAUUCCUUGUUUCUCAUGAUUGGCAUGGCUUGUUCUAGAACUCAUUAUAUCCCAGUGUCUCUUGCUCAAUGUGCUAAAUUGGGAAAGAGGCUCCUUAAUUCGUUGUACUUUACAGUGAAAAUGUGCAUGGUCACAAGUUUAUACUUUCAUUUGACAUUUUUGUUAUACUGCUUUCUUUUUAUUUUUAUUUGGGUGACUGUUGCUGAACGCAAUUCUUGUUUUUCUUGGGACAUAGUGAUGGACCAGAAGAAAGAGAUGAAGAACCCAAAGUUACUGGAGAAGGUAAUUUUAUUUAAUUUAUUUUGAAGUCCAGCAAUUUUUUAAAUAUUAGUAUAAAAUGAUUUACUAUAUAGUGGAUUAUGCUGUUGUUUUUUUUAGGAAACAGUUGAAAAUGUGCGUAUAUUUAGAACAAUUCUUGGUUUUGUUGUUUUGCAGUGUGUUUCUCAAACUAGAAAUUGUGGACAGUCAAAAGUGUUGAAUUUGGUAAUUAACAAAUUAUUUUCAGAUAAGGAAUUUAAUAAAAUUUUAGGCAAUUGCAUGUCUUUAAAUACUGGACUGAGAACCACCAUUUGGUUGAAACACUAGCUUCAUAUAGAGUACUGGAGUGAUUGCCUUUCUUCUUUCCGUGACAGAUAAUAUCAAAUAGAUGCACUGUUGGUCUCAAUAUGACAGGCACAGAUUAACUUGGCGAUCCCACUUAAUAUGGUGUCUUCUGUACAAUUACAGCAUUGAUCGCAAUUAAAUUGGCAAGGUCUACAGCUCUCCUCCAGAUUGUAGAAACACAAUACAGAAUUAGCUGUUACAUUAUAACUUCAUUUGCUCAGACUUGUUUUAAAGUAUACAUGCAAGAAAUCAUGCAGUAAGUGGGCUUAGCGUAUUGUGAAUUCAGUUAAAACAUUUUUUAAAUAUAUAUAUAUAUAUAAAAUAUACACACAGUAUCUCCCAAAAGUGAGUAAACCCCUUACAUUUUUGUAAAUAUUUUAUUAUAUCUUUUCAUGUGACCACACUGAAGAAAUUACACUCUGCUACAAUGUAAAGUAGUAAGUGUACAGCCUGUAUAACAGUGUAAAUUUGCUGUCCUCUCAAAAUAACUCUAUAUAUAUAUAUAUAUAUAGUUUUGAUAUUUAUAUAUAUAUAUAUAUGUCCUAUUGUGUUUUAUACCCCACCUCCUAUAGACUGUAAGCGCGUUUGAUUAGGGUCUUCUUCAACCCAUCGUUCUUGUAAAUUUUCUUGUAAUUGUCCUAUUUAUAGUUAAAUCCCCCACUCUUAUAAUAAUGUAAAGUGCUACUGAAUCUGUUCGUGCUAUAUAAAUGGUGAUGAUAUGAUAUAUAUAUAUUACAUACAUACAUACACACACACACACACACACACACACACACACACACACACAAUCUGCAUCAAUGUCCAGCACUCUCUAUGAACAAAUAUAUAGAAACAGAAUGAGCCUUGGUGCUUACCCUGGUAUAAAUAUAACCAAAAGUGGCAUCACUUUUAGGACUUACAAUUGUGUAAUUAAUCAAUGUGUGCCAUUUUUUUUCCCCCUUCACUCAGAUGCAAUGCCGUGGAGCAAAGCACUUGCAGUGUAAGAAUGUCAAAAAUGAAAACCCAAGAUAUCCUUUUACAUUUAACCUGUACAAAAUAACACAAUAAUGUCUAAAUUCAAAUAAAUUAAAAGAAGGAUUUUAAUUUGGAAUAAUGAGUUGUUUGUUUUUUUUUAUUCACCAUGUUGUUGAUCCUACAUUUAUAUAUUUUAUUUUUUUUUCCAGUCAGUGGGCAGCAUUGCAAGCUCUUACUGAUCAGGAAUAUAGAUGUCGGACUGUGCACAGUUGAGUCACAGCUAAGAACAGUGUUACAGUGGAUCGUUGCCUCGGAGUUUGACAUUUCAGAGCUGUACUUUCCUGAGACCUCCAAAAAAGAGCUAUUGUCUGUAAGUGUGACAAAGGCUAUUGCAGCAUGUGUUGAACUGUGUACCCCAUAACUUUGUUAACUUUGGAUCACAAGUUAAUUUAUUUCUCUUCUAGACCACGAAGGCAGCCACAGGGUUAUGGCAGGAUUAUGUGAUUUUUAACAAACCACUUUUUUUUUCAUUAUGGAAAAUUAAAUAGAUUAUAAAUACAAAAUUCCUGAAUACAAGACAGCCUAUUUUGUUUGGUUGAAGUGUAACGUAGACCAGAAAACCAACUUCUUUUCAACAAUAGGAAAAAGAGUUGUCAUUAAUGAAGCUAGGCCUCUGCUUCUAUAUGUAGUGUUAAGGUGGAGUGGUAAAAUUAUUAUCCUAUUUAUAUAAAUUUCCUGUUUCCACUGCCGCUUAAAAAACCCACAAACCACUAAUUUGUAAGGAAUCCUGUCUCAAAAUAUUUAUUUUUUCAAGCAGAAAAAAAUAUUGGAGAACACACCUAGACUCAACAUUUCAAUAGCAAGACCGGAGUCCAACCUUUAAAGUGGCCCUGUUACUUCAAAAUCUGUGAAAACCAGUAUUUCAGCAGAUUAAUAUUCAUUUCACCUGAAUAAGCUAUAGUAAGCUUCAAAGGAAUGUUGUCAGAUUCAUAACCACUUACUGAAUGGGGUUUUGGUCCGAUGCAUACUGUCUUACAAGUUUAUUUAAAUGAACACUCAAAUUAAACAAAAAAAGUGUGUGUGUGUGUGUGUAUUUUUUGCUUUUAAAGUUAGACUGUUCUUUAAAGUGUUUAGAGUAAUGCAUAACAUUUUUUAUUUUAAAAGGUUUAGCAGAAAAUAUACGCAGCAUAUUAAGUGAUAUACGAAGGUGCAUAGAUAUUUUCUGCUGUCGGUGUCACUUUAAUUUUGUAAGCCAUCUUUGUGGUCGUGUUUUGUAAUUGCUUUUUAUCUGUUUCCUUCCAGCUGUCCAGAAGACUUAGAGAAAAGGGGUGGAAGGUUGGUGAUCUCUUACAAGCUGUCCUUCAGUACUGUGAAUUAAUGGAGAAUCCCUCAAAUCUUCAAAAACCUUUCUUUGGAUGGCUGUUAGAAUAUUUAUAA